AUCUCCAAUCUGCUGUUGAGUCACAGGACCCACAAACUCUUCAUGUAAGCAUCGUUAAGUUAUGGUUUACAUGAACAGCACUGAUACAGCCAAAGGCCCGCUGCAGCCACCCACAGUUCAUUUCAGGGCUGAGAACGCCCUCAAAAAUCUGUUUCCUAUUUUAUGGAAAAACCUCUGAAAUUUGGCAUGGAUUUUGAAAGCACAUAAAGAAAACUGUCUGAGGCUUGGCCUCCGUUUGAGAAAGCUGACGCUGCUUUUGCAAACUGCUCUCAGAGAUCCAGUGACUGGCAUCCAGAAGACGGAAGGAGAACAAAAAAAUCUUCCUUAAGAGAACAAGCGGGAGAAUGAAGGUCUGUAAAAAAUAAUAAAGUGAUACAUAAAUAGGUCUGGAUUUUGGAGGGCUUUGAAAACUUUUUGUUCUGUUGCUCGGCUGUGAGAAAAUACCAGAGGCAGAAGGCACGCUCUCAGUAGGAAAAAGAAACUGAAAAAGCAUAUGGCUCGAGACAUAUUUGAAGGAGACUUCAGCUGUUGGCAUACAAUAUGCUGCUGAAAUCCUAUAGUUUUGCUUUGGGAGGAGGGGAAUGGACUACAACAAAAGUCUUGAGAACUGUCGUUUCUGUAACUGAUUUCUAUUCUACAGAUCCAGCUGAAAAUCUUAGUUGGAGUGAUCUCAUGUCUUUUCCUGUCUUUGUUCAUUAUGUGUGCUGUAUUAAUUCCUCCGAAAGGUAAGAAUUUUCAUUCCUGGAAAAUACAAAAACCUAUGUCCAUAAAUGUGUCUGCAGGCAGAAUUAUUUUCGGCAGGGCUUAACAUGCAUGUAACUUUGAGUAAGUUUGCACCCUAGCUUUUCUUUCUUUCUUUUUAAGCUACAGCUAACUAGUUUAACAAUAGGGGGGAAAUCCAUUUGCUGUCUUCUUGCCAGCACUACUGUGGGUUACCUAAGGUAUAGGGAUUUGGGGCUGCCAUUAUCUAUACCCUGGAAAAAUACAGAUGCCUGCAUGUGUCGAUGCAAGGAAUCUUUUCAAGUGAAAAGUCUAGUUGCAUUGCCAUUGGUGCGCAUCACUGGUAAUACAUUUUGACAAGGCUACAAACAGUGUUUGGAACGGCCAUCUACCUGUUAGCAUGCAUUUCCGAACUCAUGACAUUUAUGGCUUGUUUUCCUCCUAUCCGUUGCUUUGGAUCAGGUUACUGAUAAUCCUGGGUACAUACAGUGUGCAAGCACUUGAGUCUGAUAGGGUUUCCUUAUGGGAUCUGGCAUCUUCCUGUAUGUACACGUGAAGUCAGGCCUAUCCAACAGUCACUCAGAGAUUCAACAUUAGUCAUGCUCAGCUUAUACCCACCGAAAUGAAUGCUCCUAAGUCAACUGAUCUUAACUAAUGAGUGACAGAUACCACCCCAUGACUGUCGUAACAGAAAGCCUCUCAAAAAUAGAAAAGAAAAAGCUCAUCCUCACUUUUUUAAAAAAAGAGAAGAAUCAAUGUUUCCUUUCUUUCAUCAGGAUAAAAUAAUGGGAAUGUGUAUCAGUUAUUUUUGUUGCUGUGCAUAUUGUGCGGGGAGGGCAGUCCAUCCUCCGUUAGUUCCAUGUUUAUAUAAAACAGAAAAUAUCCUCUAUUAAUUCUGUGUGUGGUAGAAAACCAAUUAUUCAGCAAACCUUAAAUGCUACCUUCAACAGCUUUACCAAAAGGUCCCUUAAGCUACUAUGGCUGACAGAAGAGCUGAGAGAUACUUAGCCUGAACUUUUGACAGGAAAAGCAUAUGAAAAACAGGGCAGAUAUUAAUGAAUUUUAUUGCUGAUGGGAGGCUAACAUUUUACAGCAUAUAAAACGUUCAUAGCUAGUAAUCUUGACAGCCAUUUAUUUCUACUAGCAGUAGAUAGCUUUUGGCACUUGGGUGCAUAUUUUUAGGGCUCAACUUAUGUCAGUGAUUGUGAGUUGUUUCAAACUGCUUUUAAUAUUAGAUUUUAACAUAACUAGCCCUGAGACCUUAGGAUGACAGGGAGGUGAGGUAAUUAAUAAUGAUAAUAUGAUUAAUAUUUUAUCUCUGUAAUCAGCUGGGACUUAAUUAGACUGGCCUUCAUCUGUGCUUAGCCCCAGUAACCUUGUAUUCAGAACAGAUAACACAAGAGACAAGACUGCCUUGAACACAUACAAAAUGGCUUUUCCUUCACAAUGAAGAGCUAUUCCUGCAUAAUAUAUCUAAGGACUGGGAAUAAGAGAUUCCAGGACAAGAAGUUCCAGCUUAAGCUUAGGGGCAACUUCUGUCUUCAGACAGCUUCUGUCCUUAGGCCCUUUUUCUCAGCCAAGUGGACCCUUUGCCUCAGGCCUCAAAGCUGGACCAUUGUGAAGUCAAAGUCAAAGUUUAUUUGUUGUUGCGACCAUCUUAGUCAAUUCAAGUGACCAUUGUGAACAUUUCUAGUACUGAUUUCCCUCAGCAAACAAAAUGUUCAUGAACAUUCCAUGAUACCACAACAGUUCAUCCAGUGUGUAGGCAGGUACUAGAGCAGGAAUGGGGAAUAUCAGGCCCCCCCGGGCCUCCAAAUUUCUUCACCAGGCUCUUCAUCAGACCACUCCCCUCACCUGGCACCUCAAGUGCUUUUCUCUGGCUGGAACGUGUCGUUGAACUGCGAUAAUGUUUCUUUCUUGCCAGGAUGAGCAAAAGAGAGAAGUGUCUGUAGAAAUCUCUGAUUGCUGUGAGGAACACCUGUUGCUUCACCUGCUCUACCUUCUGGUCCCACUUCACCGCUAGCAGGUGGUUCUCAGAAGGUUGACCAUAAGGGAGUGUGGUCUUCAGGUUGAAAAAGAUUCCUCACCCCUGUGUGCAAUGAUCCACUACAGCUACCACCAUGUCCUUCAGUACAUUGCAAUAUAGAUUAUAUCGCAAAUAUGCUGUCCAUCCUGAAGAAAAGUAUGAUCCCUGCAAGAGUCAGAUGAAGACCAUGUAGCCCUCCAGAUGUUGAUAGUCUCCAGCUGCCAUCAGCCCCAGCCAGAAUGAGCAAUGGUGAGGACAGAUGGGAGUUUUAGCUCAACAACAUCUGGAGGGUCACAGGCUCCCCAGCCCUGAGCUACAUAAAUAGGUGACAAAUGUCCUGUGAAUAGACCUUAUAACUACAAAUCAUGUAAGUUCCUAAUACUGUGGAGUAACUUUUAGGCAUUCUGGUAGAAUUGCUGACAGUAGCAUUUAAGAUUCCCACUGCCCUCGCACCCAAACAGCAUUGUCAAAUAUCCUUUAUACCAGAAAUACUAUUAAUAGCAGGUGCUUUAUGUUAAUUCUAUGCUCACAAUAGACAUUUUUUAAAGUUUUUUUUUCCUGGAAUGUGUGCAGCGAGUCAUAAGAUUCCUUUCACUUUAUGCUGAUUAAAAUGACACCCUUGUGUUUUAAUGAACUGUAGUGUAAGCUUUUUAUCCUUGGCUUUUUUGAAGCUCUCAAUUAGAAAGUGCCAUCUGAUGGGAGACGAGCUUCUUCUUCUUUCAUGUACAUUUAUUUUGAAAGAUUAUUGCUAACUCAGUAUUUGCUAUGAUAGUGAUUAUUUGUGUGCCUAGACUGGCCUUCGGGUUUAUUUAUCUUGACAGCUUUCUUCUGCAUUUGCGCUGGCGAGGAACAGUGUCAACAGUAGAAGUGACAUGUGUGUUCUAGAGUAACUAAUAGUUACAUAGAAGAAGAAAAACAAGCAUUAUCUUUCCUUUUCCUUUUUAAAUAUUGAUCUGUUAAAGUAAACGUGGUGAAAUGUUUCAUCAGGAGUCUGAAUAUAUGACCUUGAGGGAAGUCCCUAAGUGAGGGAGUUAUGGAGGAGCGAGUAUCACCAGAUACAAUGACCAGAUAUGUUUCUCCUCUGAGCACCUACUGAAAUGGUGGUCAUCUCAAAUCUCCUUAUUUACUACUGCAGCGUCACGAAGUUUUUGAAAAUAGAUUUGAACACAUAGCUACAGAAAACAAGAUAUUUGUUUCUGAGAAAUUGCUUGCUCAGAAACAACUUAAGGCUUGUGGUAGGUAUUGUUCUCACUAGGCCAGGUUAAAAACAGACACAUUUUGCAAAGAUGUGCUAGCUUUUUGUUUAGCUGACUUAGAGGACAGACUGAGCUCAGCCGUUCUACUAGCAGAAGCCAGUGCAAAGACUCCUGCUAAUGCAACAAUGCUUUCCCCAGGACCCGCCCAAGACAUUUUGGCAACUGAGGCGAACGACAAAAUGCCCCCUGCCCAACAGGGAACAAGGGGUGAGUGAAGUAUACAUCAGGAACAAGCAAAGAAUAAAGAUCUACAUCAACAGCAAGCUGGGGGAGGAAUCAAAUCAAUCUUACCCAAUGGUUGAAGUAGGAAUCAAAGGCCUUUGUGAAGGGGGAGGGAGCGAAGGUGCCUGAUCUGAAUCAUUCUGGGUGGGUGCAGAGCCUAGCAGACCCCCUUUCCUCCUUAAGGUGGGAGGAGACUAGCAGCGCCUCUCAUUCUCCAAGAGGCUGCUAUAGAGGCGGCAUGGGGGGGGGGAACUGCCAAGGGGCAGCAGAUUCAGCCUCCAGUUAGUGUGGUGCAGCCAUUACUGGCACUGCUCCAGCGGGCAAUACAUUCCUUGCAGGCUAGACCUGCUGCCCCUGUAGAUCCUGCCACCCAAGGCAGUCGCCUCACCUUCCCUCAUGGGUGGGCCAGCCCUGCAUUCCUUCUGCUGCUCCCCUUACUUACCCCCCCCCAUGCCUCCCAGCCCCAGAUCUGCUCUGGACAGUCAGGGGAACCCCCAGAACAACACCCAGGGGGUAGGAGAGGGGAGAUCAUUCUGUUGGGCAAACAGAAAUGCUUGCGCUGAUGGAACGAUCUCCUUGACACUAACCAGAAUUCCAGGGAUUACUCUCUGAUGAAUCAAUUUAAAACACACACAAACACACAAGUAUGUAAAAUCAUCUGUGGGUAAAUCAAGGACAGAAAUGCAACAGGAAACGAUUGCAAAGUUAGCAUUUGCAGGAAACACUCGUAUGAGGCUUGUACAACUGUGUUUUUCAGCUGUUCUCUUUCUAAUCCUUCAUAAGUAUGUUACAGUGAAUGUGCUCCACAUAGGGUAACCAAGAUGGAAUGGCAUGUUGACUCUUUGAUCUGAGCCAACAGAGCUUAAUGACAAUAAAUUAUGAUGAAUGCCUAAAAUUGGUGAAUUUCUGCAGUCUGAAUUUUAUUCCAAAAUAUUUUUUGUGAAUUUCAUUCACUCAUUUCAUUCAUUCACUCAUUUCAUUUGAUUUCAUUUCAUCCCCCCCCCUCCUUCUUUGGGAUGUCCCCUUCACUGCCAGCAGUUUCAUUUGGGUGGUUGUUCAGUGUCAGCAUUUACUGGCAUACGCCUGAAAUUUUUGGACAUUCACAAAAUCAGUCUUGGAUUGUUAAAGUCUGCCAAGUUUUGGCCAUUCACAUGGACGUGUUUUAAAAAUAAAUACAGUUUGAGAGAUACAGCUAGGGCUGAUAUAAGUCUGGAAUUUCCCAGAUAUAGCAAGGAUUCAUCCAUCAAAAAUGAUGUCCUGGCAGAAUUUUCAAAAAGGGGGGGAAAUGUCUGAGAAAACACAUGCAUAUGGCAGCCUAUAUAGGAGUGCUGAUUUAGGGGUGAUUUUCAAAAAACAACAACAGAGGGAACCUACUUCUUUUUUAGAUUUUCCAAAGAAGCGCAACAACUUUGCCCCACCCCCCAAGAAAAAAGCUCAACAACUUUGCCCCCGCCAAAAAAGGCUCAAAAUCUUUUGAGUCCGGAUUUUCACUUUUUGAAAUAUGGCAACCCUAAAUACACUGAAGAACACAGGAAAGGGACCAAUGAUUCUAAAACCUAGGACAGAGAGCUUUAUUGAACAUAGCCCACCUAUGUUUGAUAUGAAUGGAAAAUGUUGUUUCAUUGUUAAUUCAUUACAUGGACUAGUUCAGCUGUGCUGACUGGGGCUGAUGGGCACCAGAUUGGAGGAGGCUGGAGUGCACCUGCUUAGUUCACGACAUAACAAGUGGAAUUGACAUGUGGGUGUUCCCAGUUAUCAGUCAAAAUGAAAACUGGCAUUCUUCAGAGACAUAGAAAACCAGAUUCCUGCUGGUCUGAGGAAGACAUCUUUUGUGUGAAAUGAAGGGUUACUGCAUUUCACCCAGCCUGGUACUUUUCAGCGCGGUUGUAAGUGGAAGGGUAUGUGUCAUAUCAUCCUACCAGGUCUACAACCUCCCAAACCCUCAUAUCAGUGGCCAAUUCAAAGGAAUAAAAUUCUAGAAACCAUUUGUGCCUCUUGGGCGUGUUGUUAUUAAAUAUCUCAUUCCUGUUCUGUUUUUAAAGUUCGAAACAAAGGAAACAAUCCUAGACCUUUAACAUUAAAAGAAUAUCUGGAUGGAGACUUCAGUUACAAAACACUUUCUCCUUACUGGAUUUCGGGUAAGGGACGGCAUGAUUUGUGGUUCAAUGAGUAUGUGGUGCUGAAACAUCAUUUUGGAUUUUUUUUUAAAAACAAACAAACUACAAAGCUUGUGUACAUUGAUGCUUUUGUUUUUGUUUUAUGUCUUUUAUGGGGGUGUUUUGUUUUUAAAUGCUUUAAGCUGCCCUGAGAAACACAAAUGCAUUGGACGUAUGGGGUAUGUGGUUUCUAAAACGAAAAAAUAAGUGCAGUUAAAUGUUCAAGGAAUGGGAAAGGGUGAGGUGUAUGGGGUUUCAUUGUGCCAUGUAAGUGCCUUGAUAUUAACUAGUAAUUGCAGACUGAGACAAAUAGGAUUUGCAUAAAAUAGGGUGGCAGAAAAAGGGCAGGAAAGAAGGGGGUGGCAGAAAGCAUGAAAGAAAAGAGCAGGGCAGAGGGAGAGAGAAAGAGAGAGGGAGGGAGGGAGGUGGCAGAAAGAGAAAGUUUCUACUGUUUCUGUAAAGCAAGCAUAAUAUAGAACCCAGCAGUAUAAAAUGUGCAUCAUCUAAUCUCUGCCCCUAUCUCAGGCUGCGUAAUGCCAUACAUGUAAAACACAUGACUUCCCCAAAGAAUCCUGGGAAAUGUAUUUUACCCCCCACAUAACUGCAGUUCCCUGCAUCCUUAACAAACUACAGUUCCCAGGAUUUGAGCUACCUGAGAUGGCUCCAUCCCCCUCCCACCUAAAUUACAGCAUCAAAGUAUUGUUAUUUUACAUCCAUUUCCAAUGCCAUUUGCUGUAACAGAUGCUGUAGUGAGAUGACAUUUGUAACCAAGCUUAUUGUAAUCAUUCAGGCUAUGUUUUUCCUCCUCCCUCCUAAGGAAAUGAAUAUCUCCAUCAGUUCACAGAAGAUGAUAUAAUUCUUUACAAUGUUGAAUAUGGGCAGUCACACACACUCCUGUCUAACAGCAUACUUGUACGUAUUACUGUAAUUUUUAAAAUUGAUCGAAGGGCCAUACUUUGGUUUCUAAUUCAUAUCUUUAAAUCUUUUAGAAAAAAGUCAAUGCCACAAACUAUAUACUGUCAGCUGACCAGAAUUUCAUGCUGUUGGAAAGCAACUACUCUAAGGUAAAAUGUUUUUCAGCUGAGAUUUGUGGGCGGGAUCCAGUGCAUUUGUUAUGUUUGUGUAACUCCCCAUUUUUAGUGAACAUUGGUCAUGUUGUUAGUGAACGAUAGAACUGCCCCCCUCCACCCAUGUGCUCCCCAUGUCCUUCCCAAAUCUGCUCCAUAGGUUUCAGAGAAAUUCGUGGAACAGUCUUGGGGAGGGGGUGCAGGGGAAGAAGAUGAGGGAAGCUUCAUUGGGAAGCAGAAGUUACAAAGCACUACUUUAGAUACAAACCAGGAUUUAUUCCUUAGCUUACAAUCACCCCUGCUUCCCACCACCAAUGAAUCAGAAGUGGCGGUGAUGGGGAGUGGAAUUCCUCUUGUGAUUCUUCUGUAUAAGCAAGCAUCUCCUAAUUCUGCUGACAAAAGGAUCCUUUUGCAAUAAACCAGUAGGUGCACUUUUCUCUGUUGUCAGAGAAAUUUCCCAGUGGUCCAAGGCAAACACACUUGUGUGAUAAGGGCUGAAAUGAAGGAGAACAUUCUGAACUCUCUCCACAUAGAGACACCAUGGUUUUUCAAGGGGAGGGGAGGCAGCGUCAAUCAAGAAGCCCCAUCCUACUCUGCUUUCGUUCCCAUUAGCAGUUAGGGAGAGUGGUCAUUUUAGGAAUUGCUAUGCAGCUUUUGUAGAUUGUGGGCAACUUAUUAUUUUUACUACACUGAGAAAUACAUCAAAUGUCUAAAAGAUCCUUCCCAUGUUGCAUUCCAUGUGUGGAAAUAUUUCUUAGUGGAAUUGAGGAGGCUUUUAGCUCACCUUUAAAAGAGAAUCUAUAUACUGGUGCUAGGGCAGUGCCAUUGUGAAGGUUUGCAGAGCUUUCAUAAAGGGAAGCUGUCUUCUGCUAAAAACGUGUUGGGAGGAAUACUGUAUGUUACUAUGUUUCGGCUGUAAUAAUAACUAAUCAUGUUAUGUCUCUGUUCUAACUUUUUCAGCUCUGGAGGUACUCUUAUACAGCAUCCUAUCACAUUUAUGAUCUUGGAAACAGGUAAGACUGAAAAGGUUUUCUUUUAUACUGACCCACGAGUCAAUCUGUUCUGUGUUUGCUCUUGGUCUUCUAUUUGGAUUCCUUUAAGGCAUGCUUUUUCCUCUUAGGAGAACAGUGAUGGCCACCAACUUUGGGAGGCUUUAAAAGACAAAAUCAGGGAGGAUAAGGCUGUCAAUGGCUACCAGAUGCAGUGGCUAUGCUCUGCCUCCACAAUAAUAAUAAUAAUAAUAAUAAUAAUAAUAAUAAUAAUAAUAAUUUAUUUAUACCCCGCCCAUCUGGCUGGGUUUCCCCAGCCACUCUGGGCAGCUUCCAACAAAACACUAAAAUACAAUAACCUAUUAAACAUUAAAAGCUUCCCUAAACAGGGCUGCCUUCAGAUGUCUUCCAAAAGUCUGGUAGUUGUUGUUCUCUUUGACAUCUGGUGGGAAGGCGUUCCACAGGGAGGGCGCCACUACUGAGAAGGCCCUCUGCCUGGUCCCCUGUAACUUGGCUUCUCUCAGUGAGGGAACCGCCAGAAGGCCCUUGGCGCUGGACCUCAGUGUCCGGGCAGAACGAUGGAGGUGGAGACGUUCCUUCAGUUAUACUGGUCAGAGAUAGCAAUGCUUCUGAAUUCCUGUUGCUGGAAUCCACAGGAAGGGAGAGUGUGUUCUUGUGCUCAGGUCCUGCUUGAGGGCAGUGGUGCCAACUUGGCCCCCAGAUUGUGGGUGUCCAGCGAGCGGCACAUGUGGUGUGAUGUCAUGACAUCACUUGCGCCAUUGUGUGUACAUGCUGCUUGGCCUCUGCCCGCCACCACCACUCACUGCCCUUGCCUCCUCUGGCUCUCCAGUGCAGUGGCAACUGGGCCAGGGCCUCUGCCUCUGCCGUGGGGCCUCAGUUGGUGCUUGCCGCAGAUAUGCUUGGGCACCCAUAAUGGGAAUUUUGUGGGUGCCUAGGUGCCCCAGGCCCCCCUGAGUUGGCGCCUAUGCCUGAGGGGUCCUUUAUGGUUGACAACUGUGAGAACAAGGAGCUAGACUAGGUCAGCCACUGCUCUCCUUAUGUUCUUCUAUUAGUUAAUGGACACAUUGUUUCCAGUGACAUUGCUAAAUUAUCUGCUUCUAAAUGGUUAUAUCCCAUGCUGCACAUAGCAAAUUCUGCUCACGUAAUGGGACUUCCCCUUCCUCUCUUCUCCCUGCGUGCCCUCUGGAGCAGAUUCUAAAGGUAUGCAAGGAAGGGGAGAGGAAAGUUCUGUUGCACAAGCAGAAGUCUACUGCACUCGCGGAACUCCACCGCAGGAUAUGACCCAAAUACUCUGGGCGUGUGCAGUUUUUAGGCUCCCUUAAAUCACAGCACCACCAUGGCUACAGGAAUACAAUGGGGCUUGCCUCUGCUGCCCUGAUGCUAAACACAUUGACUUGGGAAUAAGCUCAGUCAAAUUGUUGAAAGAGUCAACGUAUUAUAAUGUAAAAAAUAACAAAAUGAGUAUCUGUAACCAUGUACAUGCCUAGGUGGCUGCCCCCAACUAUAACAAGAAAUUAAAUAAGAAAAGAAGCACCGGUGUUGGUGGGCUCCAUUGUGCCCAUGCCCACCUAGGUGCUCACGAGGGUCCUUUUGGUUUGCUGCUGACCAUUCUUUGGGGAUUCUUUUGGGGAAGCCAGGGGCUUUAAAUGAAAUCUGACCUUGAAAUACCGAGCUUGCCUUUGCAUCUUUCAUUUCUUUCCCUUUGCAGUGCUUUUGUCAAAGGACACGAGCUUCCACAUGACAUUCAGUAUAUAGCCUGGUCACCUGUUGGACACAAAUUGGUCAGUAAGCUCACGAAGUGUGAGAAUAACGCUUCUAUUUUUAUGAGAUUCAUUUGCCUUUAGUGUUUGCGCAGGGAUCGUUUUUGCAGGCCUCCUUAUCUCUGCUUAUCAGCUGUGCUUUAGAAUAUUGACUCUUAAAAAGAUAAACACUCCACAGCUGCCUGGAACUGUGGGUGCUUUAGCACAGAGCCCUGGUAAUUGUUGGACCACUUUGUCUUCUCCGAAAACUAGACAAACCCAAGGUACAGGGACCAGGGUGUUAGGGUCUUUUCAUUUGCUAUUUACCCAAAGACUGUAGUUUCUGACCCUCUUCUGUCUGCCCAGAUGCAAAGAGAGCACUAGUGCCUCACUGCAGUUCAUUUCAGUAGCUUCCCCAUUCUUGGGGUUCAUAUUUCUUCUGUACCACCAUGAACCCACCCUCCCUACUGAGAAAAGCAUCAGGAAGAGUGGAUUAAGGAUUGUGAAGCUAAACUGAGGAGCGUGCCCUCUGCCGGGAGGACCGAGCCCUUAAGAUUCGUUGCUUGUGGCCUCCCAAAAACAUGGCCAUGAAUCAGGUCCCUUGUUAUGUACCCUCUUAGCCCUGUUAGCCGCAAGUCGAUUUCUGCAUGCCAUGGCACAGAGAGCUGUCCUGUUCCACAAAAACCUAGAGAAGGGUUCCUAUUUGUGCCCUUUUUUUUUUAAAUAAUUUUUAUUAACCGACCAAUCAAAUCACAUAAAUUCCUAAUUACAAAGCCGAAUUUUAAAUUUUUGUUGAGGGGACCCAUAUUUCAAGUUUCGGAGGGGGAUUCCGAUCAUCUUCUUGCUACUGCGUUCAUAUCCAAAUCAGUCCAAAUAAAGUUCAUAAUUCUAUCCAGUCUUAUCUUGCUGUUUCCACAUCUCAUCUUGUUCGUACAUUUUUUCCUUUAUGAUCUCUUCUGAUAAUCUUCUUAAGCAGAUAAACACCAAUUAUAUCCUGUGUGGAUUUUUCCGUUCGACCAAUCCUCAUAUCGUGAUGGUUUCCAUAUAUCAUCACUUUCAUAAAUAACAUCGCUCUUUCCAUCAUUAAUCUCAGGAUCUGUCGUUUUUGAGUCCCACUGAGGAGUCUCACCCACAGUAUAAAAACAGCUCUUUUCCUCCUCCCAGACUCAAGUCCUCCAACAGAGCUUACCAAUAUGGCGACGGUAUUUUUAACUGCGUCAUUCCAGAGCUCUUAAAUUUUCCACGCUCUUCUUAAAACAUGCUUUGGUUAGAAAGUUUAUCUCCACACAGACGUAAAUCCACAGCUUAAGUCAUUAAAGCGGCAUUUCUGACUUGUGAGGGCGGGGGAUUUCUUGUUUUAUCAUAUAGAGGAAAGAAAGAAAAGUUUUUUCCCCUCCCCCAUCAGUCCCUUUGCCAUAACAAGUCUUGGCUGUCUUCUCAUGAUUGAUUCUUAUUCUUCCAACUCGUCUUGUUUAUCAGAGAACUCUUCAGUUAGCAGUCUUUACUCCCCCUCCUUCCUUGAAAUAUGUGCAUUCGCUUCUUCCUAAUUGUCCCUUUUGAAGUUCUUGCAGCUAGCGGCGCGGAUCAGAGACGGCGUCCAGGAGCGCCGAGAUCCACAGGGGGGCAUUCUGCCUAGUGCCCCCAUCCCCUCAAAUUUGGGGGUGGUAUGGUUACGUGGGAGCCGGUUGAAGCUAAAUCCUUCGAAGACAGAGGUCCUGUGGCUGGGACGGGGCGAUAUGGGAUUGGGGGGGCAACUCGCAUCUCUUGCGGGGGCACAAUUAGUGCCAGCACCGUCCGUUAAGAGUUUGGGUGUAAUCUUCGACACCUCCCUUUCCAUGGAGGCGCGCUAUAACAAAGGCGGCAUUUUUCCACCUCCGCCAAGCUCUCGCCCUGACCUAGCCACUGUGAUCCACGCGACGGUCACCUCCAGACUGGAUUAUUGUAACUCGCUCUACGUGGGGCUACCCUUGAGACUGACCCAGAAACUCCAGCGGGUGCAGAAUGCUGCAGCGAGACUCCUUACGGGGGCUUCACUGCGAGAUCACAUUCACCCGGUGCUAUACCAGCUGCACUGGCUCCCGGUGGAGUACAGGAUCAGGUUUAAGGUGCUGGUUUUAACCUUUAAAGCCCUAUACGGCCUAGGACCCUCGUACCUACGGGACCGCCUCUCCUGGUAUGCCCCACAGAGAAACUUACGGUCUUUAAACAAAAACAUCUUGAAGGUCCCAGGCCACAGAGAAGUUAGGCUGGCCUCAACUAGAGCCAGGGCUUUCUCGGCUGUGGCUCCGAUCUGGUGGAACACUCUGUCACAAGAGACCAGGGCCCUGUGGGACUUGACAUCUUUCCGCAGGGCCUGCAAGACAGAGCUGUUCCACCAGGCCUUUGGCCAGGGCACAGCCUGACUCCCUCCCUCGGCAAUCUUCGCGGAGCUCUGGCCCAAUGUUUGCCAGUGGCUUGAAUUAACUAAUUUUAUAAUGAAUGAUUUUAGUGUUGUUUAUGCUGUACUUUUGUACUGUUUUAUUGUUGUUAGCCGCCCUGAGCCCAGCUUCGGCUGGGGAGGGCGGGAUAUAAAUAAAAUUUAUUAUUAUUAUUAUUAUUAUUAUUAUUAUUUCCAAUUGUUUAAAAAUGUUUUAAAUAUGCUUUUGUUUUAUCUUUCCGCUCUGUUGUCUUACCACUUAGGUGUUUGCUGCCCUGGGCUUCUGUGAGAGGAAGGGCAGGAAAUAAAGUUGAAUAGUAGGGUGGUAUCCAUUGCUACUCAGAGGAGACCCAUUGAAAAUAACGGACAUGGCCAACUUGGGUGCAUUCAUUUAAAUAGGCCUAUGCUGAGUAAAACUUAGCUGGAUACAACCAUUCUUAUUUAUCAUCCCCAGCCAGCAUAGUCACUAGUUAGGGAUGGUCGAAUCUGCAGUCCAGCAAUAGGUUCUUCAUUGCAUGACAUGGAUCAGAUCUCCAAAUACUUGUGUGUGAGUGAAAAGGGCCCCAUUCACACAGGAGAGAUAUACCGUAUUUUUCGCUCUAUAAGACGCACCAGACCACAAGGCGUACCUAAUUUUUGGAGGAGGAAAACAAGAAAAAAAAUAUUCCAAAUCUCAGAAGCCAGAACAACAAGAGGGAUUGCUGCGCAGCGAAAGCAGCAAUCCCUCUUGCUGUUCUGGCUUCUGGGAUAGCUGCGCAGCCUGCAUUUGCUCCAUAAGACGCACACACAUUUCCCCUUACUUUUUAGGAGGGAAAAAGUGAGUCUUAUAGAGCAAAAAAUACGGUAAUUUUAUCCUCAACUUGUCAGCCUCUAGCCACACUGAGCAUUACUGCAAAGGAUUUUCCUUGCAGCCUAGGGGAGUGAAAACUUGCACACCCUCUGUUGUGUAGAAACAUAAGUGCCUUCUGCUCUUUGCAUCUAAUUCCCUGUUUAGAUGUGCUACUGUCCUCAAUAGCUUUGACUGCAUAAAAUGAUUUUGGGUUUUUUCUUCCCAGGUGUAUGUGUAUCAGAAUAAUAUCUAUUUGAAACAAGGCCCCAGAGAACCUGCUGUUCAAAUAACUACAAAUGGUUAUUGGAAUGAAAUAUUUAAUGGAAUCCCUGACUGGGUCUACGAAGGUAAACAUCAACCUGAAAUCAAUAUUAUUGCCAUGUGAGGCAAGAGUUGGGCAGCAAAAAGAUGUGAUGAGCAGCAGCCAAAAGUUGUUCAUAGUGCUGUGUUUGUGUAGAAGGCUCAUAUUUCUCAUAAGGAGUCCCUUCCUCAAAACUGCAAAAAGCUAACUGCUAACUACAAGCCAGCAUGGUUAUUCACCAUCAUAAUUUACUAUUUGUCAACAGCUUUGCUCAACGUCUUACAGAAAUAACAUGCAUUCUCACUGUGGUUUCCUAACAUCCCGUAUCUUGCUUUUUCACAUCCUGCCACAUAUUUCUUUAGGGUAGGGUGGGGGGAUAUUUCCUUGUUAGUUUCUGCUAGGUUUUAGACCUACCCACUUUUGUACGUUCCUCAGAUAUCUGUCAUAAAACUAUCUGUCCAACUUAAGAACUAGUAUCGUGUUUAUCUGUAAUAUUAGGACACAAUUUCUUCUAAUUUGGCUUCUGAAGCACUCCACUGAUAAAAGAGACUCUGGCUUGUGGGCUAAUAAGGCCCACCAAGCCUCGUCAUUUGGUUCGCUUGGCCAUUUCAGCCAAUAUUACCUGUACCCUUCAGUCAAAAUUACUCAUGUUCUUUAUCUCAAGAGUAUUUAACAUCUAUGAAUAUUUUACAUUCUUUGAAUUGUCAUUCUUGUUGCUCUUAUAUGUACAUCAAGAAUUAGAAACAAAAGGCUCCUGCUCACGUUGCUUGCCAACCGCAUCUAUCUCCUGACUUCAUGCAAAUCCAAUGGGGACUGCAUGAUGACUGCCUUGCAUUUUUAUGUAUAUAGGAAGAAAAAAAUAUAACCCAUACUGUUAACUAACAUUCAUACACAUUUAGCUCUGCAAUGUUCUUGGACAUAGUUACAUUUAUUUAGGUGAAUAACUAGGGCCUCCCAAACAGGGAACCCUCAUAACAUAGAUCCAUCACUGCCAAUAAGGCUGGAAUAAUGCUAUGCUUUGUUGCACUAGACUAGCUUAGCAAUCGGUAUGCCCCAUCCUCUCCCCUUCCCUUUUAAACUAGCCAUGGCAUUUAUCCAGGAAAAAAUGAGGACAAAUCUGUACAGCAGAAACAAUGUCUCACGUGUCAUUCAAGUUGCAGGCUUAUCUCUGGGACAGAGCUGCCUUGCUUGUUUGAUGCAUAGCAGCUUAUCAGAUAAAUGGGUUCUAUGUACACUGGUGUCCUUACAAGAUAAAGGUAGCUCAUGAUCCUCUUUUGUAGUAGAAUAACAUAUAUUUAACAUGAUUUCUCUUAGAGGAAAUGCUUGCUGUAAAAUAUGCACUGUGGUGGUCUCCAAAUGCAAAGAAUGUGGCAUACCUACAGUUUAAUGAUACUGGAAUACCAGUUAUUGAAUAUUCAUAUUAUGGUGAAGAUCAAUAUCCUAGAAAAAUAAAGAUACCAUAUCCAAAGGUAUGUUUGGGGUUUUGUUGUUUGCUUUGCUUGGCUCUGUUGAAUAAGAUCUGAUCAUAUUUCAGCGUAGAAAUGCUUGGAUUUCUAAGGUUUAAUUGCUGGAUUUUAAUGCCUAUUAUUAAACUAACUAUUGGUUUAAGCAUUGUAUAUUUUGAUGAUGACAUAAUAAAGGGCCUGGUCCAUCGUUUUACCUUUACCAUUGGACAUACUCAGCCCUUGUCAGGCAUCAGGGAAUCUGAUCCCUACACAGUAGGCUGCCAGGAACAGAUAGACGAGGAAAGUCUUAACAAUGUCUUUUAUUCAAUAUUCACAGAGAUGCUGCCUCUUUGAGUAAUGGCAUUGUUCCAAGUAAUCUCCACACACACCCCAAUUGUCAACAGCACCACCCACCUUACGGUAGCCACUUAGGGUGAUUUGUCUCCAAGCCCUUUGCUCUCCUACUUUCAAUGCUCGCUGGGUUCUGGGAGAAGGAGGGUCUGGAAAGCUUUCUAGUGAUAACAUGUCAGCCAGCUGCUCUAGCUCUGCCUCCCCUGCCUCCUCCUCUCUCAUUAUUUCCCAGCUCUGCCCAUCAUCUAUCUCUAAGCUGUGACCUCUCGCAAAUCACUGUUGUCAAUCUAUACUGUCUUCCUCUUCUCUGGAAGGUUCAGGCUGGGUAGGCGGGCUCCACCAUUCCUCCUCUGUCCAGUCCCUGACAUCCCUUCUGGUAGCAUAACUCUCCAUGUCCAGGAUGGCUGCUGACAGAAAAGGAUAGAGACUGGUCGUAAAAGGUUCUUCUGCAUGCAGCGAGAGGAGGGGAAGAGGCAGCUAAAGAGUGGAUCCUUCCCUUCAGUAUUUUGAAAGGGAAGUCAAAGUUGAGCCAGCUAGCCUGGAGAGCUACUGUAAGAACUUCACCACAGCUGUGGGUUGCUUCCAGGGAGAAGCCUAUUGUGUGGACAAUUCAUUUGUGGAUGGCAGUUGUGUUGUGGUGAGAGCACAAAUGCAACACGUGAAUGUGUAAAGUGUGAUUCAUGGCAUGCCUGAGAUAUUGCUAUUUUAAAAAACUGAUUUAUUAUAUUGUAUCUUUGUAUUUACGUUUCCCGUGGUCUUAAUGUAUUUUCUUUUGUAUUAAUACAAAUCUUGCCAAAUAGCAGUAUAGAAGUAAAACAUAUGAUGAUGAUGAAAUAUAUUAUAAUCUAUUUGCUCAGUGCCUACUGUGAACUUUCUUUCCGUAAAGGAACAGGGCUCACAUGUAUGCUAGCUUUUCUCAAACUUGGGUUCCCAUAUGUUGUUGGACUACAACUCCCAUCAUCCCUAAUUAGUAGGACCAGUAGUCAGGGGGGAUGGGAUUUGUAGUCAAGUCCACUUAUCCCCUUUUGGGGUGGGGUGGCAUUGCAGGAUGGCCAGCGCUCCCCCCCCCCCAUGAUGCAGAGCUGGGGCACCGGGGGCUACUCUUGCUGGAGUGCGAACUUUGGCUCACACUCCCAGCUUGAAAUCCAGCUCUGUGCCAGCCUGCCAAAUUGGCCAAUGGCAGGCUGGCACAGAGGUCAGACCUUCUUGGGAGUGGGCCUGGGGGGAGCAAUCAGGCUUCCCUCAAUUCCCUGGAGAUUAUUUUGAACCUGAUUAUAUGUUUUCCUUUGAAGGCUGGGGCUAAAAAUCCUACCGUCAGAGUGUUUGUUGUUGAUGCUACUUAUCCUGAAGCUUUAGGCCCUAAGGAAGUACCAGCUCCAGCAGCGAUAGCAUCAAGGUAGUAUCUUGUGAAACUGAUAUUUUCUUCUCCAUUUCUUUUCUUUUAGCAAUAGAAUUUUUAUUUUAAACAGUUUGACCCUGGGCUCCCCACCACUACCGCCCCUUGCAGAUCUGUUCUAUGGAAAUAGUGUAGAUGUUUGCUUUUCAUUUUCCACUGCCAUCGAAAAACUGCUGGUGAUAUCCUACUAAGUCAAAAACCCACUGGAAUUGAUGAACUUAUGUUCCCUUUCCCUUUGAUUUUAAUGGGUCUACUCUGAGGAAGACAAAUGUUCGACAUUACUCCGACAGGCAUAGGGAACAUGGGCAUAGCAAGGAGGGGCAGCUGUCCCCUUCACCAUCAAGUCAAUAAAUAAAAAUACUGAACUAAAAGUAGAAAUUGUAGAAAGAUUUGGGCAGAUUUUUCUGAGCAUUUGGGGUCAAAAGAAAGCAAUUUAAAACAACUGUUGUCAAGACAUUUCAUUCCGAAUCUGGUAGACAAAGCCAGACAGAGGAUGAUGACAGGUGCAGGUCCUGUCCCCCCCUCCCCACAUAAAUCCUGGCUAUGCCCAUGGUGGGGAACCUUGGGCCAGGAGCUUGCAUGAGGCCCUCCAAACCUCUGUCUGGCCCUCAGGUCUUUCCUUAGACCAUACACUCCUCUCAGCCACAUCCCCUCUCCCCACGCCACACCCUUCAACAUACGCUCCUCAAGUGUUUUGACCUCGCUAGAAUGUGUUCUUGAACACUGAGAAUGCUUCCCCUUAGUCUGGCUGGAGGAUCUGUAACUGUGGGAUGUGUAAGUGUGGCCUUGAAAGGUUGCCCAGGUCGGAAUGAGUCCUUGGUUUGAAAGAGGUCUGGCUUGUCACAGAUGUAUUAUUGAACACGCCAUGCUGACCCCUCUCAUAGUAAACAGCCCCUUUCUCUCCCCUCUUCUUUUCCAGCGAUCACUAUGUCACUUGGAUUACUUGGGUGAGAGACAACCGAAUCUGCGUGCAGUGGCUGAAAAGGAUCCAGAACUUUUCCGUGUCAGCCAUCUGCGACUACAAUGACCGCUCCAGGUCCUGGGACUGCCCACAGGUACUGUUUCCCACCAAGCUAGUAUUUUGAUAGAAGACUUGCAGAAGUAGCUUCUGUUACCCACUGGUGAGCAUUCACGGUCAGUGUAUUACUUUUGUGCAAAAGUGUGUGCGGGGGAGGACACCCAGCCUUUAUUGGGUCCCAAGCCCCGCCCACCUGGCCCGGCCGGAUUGGCCAGGAUUCAAAUCAACAGGUGGCGGGAAAGCCUGCCCAUCUCCAGCGGCUGGCCUGGGAAUUCCCCAAUGGCCGACUGCCUAGCCCCAGCAUUACUCCUGAGGGGAAGGAGCCGGACAUGAUGGGCCACAACAGCCGCCCACCCUGUCACCAGGUAAGCAGCCAGUCAUAGUCCUUUUGUGCAAAAGUGGGGGGAAGGGAAAAGUUUUCCAAACACUGGGUUGGACCCCAUGCUCUUGUGAUUGGGGCUUUGCGAACAGACAGUUCCCACUAAUUGCUAGGGGCGAUUUUCAGCAAUUUCUCCUGAAGCCCAAGGAAGGGCGGUAACUCACUGACAAGUUCCGGGUUCAGUCCCUGGCAUCACCAGGGAAGACUAGGAAAGACUUAGUGCCUGAAACCCAGGAGAGUCACUGCCAGUCUGAGCUAGAUGAACCCUCGGUCCGACUCGGGGCUCAUCCAUACCGUGGUUUCAUGUGGGUAGGAAGCUUCUGGGAUCUCCAUUAAUUCUUCGUUGUCCAUAUUACAUUCUCCAAAUCGCAGCUUUCCCACACUUUCCCCUCCCCCAUUCCAGAUUUUCUUCUGUAAAGGUACCCCUGACCAUUGGGUCCAGUCGCGAAUGACUCUGGGGUUGCAGUGCCCAUCUCACUCUAAAGGCCGAGGGAGCCAGUGUUUGUCCACAGACAGCUUCCAGGUCAUGUGACCAGCAUGACUAAGUCGCUUCUGGCGAAACCAGAGCAGCGCACAGAAACACCGUUUACCUUCCCGCUGGAGUGGUACCUAUUUAUCUAUUUGCACUUUGACGUGCUUACGAACUGAUAGGUGGGCAGGAGUUCUUCUGUAAGGGAUACCCUAAAAAGGAGUAUCUACCACUGACCUACAGGCAGGGCUGUUUUCAGCCAGAAUGGCACCAUUGCCAUUAUAAGAGAACACGGGAAGCCUUCAUGGUGAGUUUUGGAACCUCUUUUUCUGGAAAAAUCGCACUGCCUAAGGGCUAUGGCCCUGCCCUUAUAUUCUUACACCUACUAACGGGGUUACUGUACUUGAAUUCUCUUUGCCUUAUUCAUACCAUCAUUGGCAGUGGCCCUGCUGAUCUACACGGAACACAGAGUCAGGUUUCAGACUGCCAAAUUAUGCUCACUGGACUUGGAACCAGCAUCGUGGCAAUGUCAGGUCCAAACUCCAGGAUAAUUGCACUUCUCAGCAUGUCCUUGCCUGAUGAGAGUCACUGCUGAAACCCCCGCCACGUUCUGUUUAUCAAGUGCUUUUUACCAUAUCAAUCUGUGCACCAAUGGUUAGUUAACAGGAGUGCGAGCAGAUGGGAGAACUCCAUUAAGCAAUGUUUGCUGAAAAGAUCUCUAGGGGAAUAUAUUUCCAUCUCUUACUUUGUUUUCCGAUUAAACCGGAAGUAAUAAUGCGUAAGAAAUGUGGACUACUUCAUAUACUGGAAGAUAAUAAAAAUGCAGUGGGAAAACAGUGUGAGGAGACUCAGAGCUGUGCGCUGAACUUCAUGUUUAUGUUCAGCAAAUAUGUCCCAAUGAAUAAAAAUUAAAUGCAGGCAAGAAUUUGUGCGGUCAGCCAGAAAUGCCCACCAAACUCAACUUUUUGAACGUGAAAUAGAAGUUAAAUUGGGAUCACUUAUAGAAAUUAAAACAUGGACAUGAUUCUGUUCGCCCCCCGCACUUGAAUUAAACUGUAGCUAUGCCUAAUUGUAUACAGGGCCAGAGGCACCUAGUUAAUGGAAGGUGUUGUGCAGGAAAAUGCAUCAGAGGAAGACGCAAUAUGUUAAUCUGCUUGCCCCAUUAUGCUUUCCAACUAUCAAUCAUGUAAGCAAUGUUUUCAACUAUCUUGCUAAUAUGCUUGGGAGAAACCUCUGGAAACAGACUGUACUCCUUUGCCAAGAAACUCUCUGUGUUGUGUGUCUGUGUGUUAUUUUAACAUAGUUUCCAUGCAGGAGGUGAAAAACCCUCUACUUGCUUCCUUUCUGGAUUCAUAUUUGCAGUAUUUCCAUACACCACACUCUGUCAGGGACUGGGCAGAGGAGGGGGAGGAAUGGUGGAUACUGCCUCCUCAGCCUGAACCUUCCAGAGAAGAAGGAGACAGUACAGAUUUACAGCAGGAGUUUGUGUGUCGAGGACCCGCCACCCACAUGGAGAUAAAUAAGACACAAGGGCACAUGUAUUUUGGGUUAAUGGGCUAAAAUAAGGCCACAACUUUAUUGGCUACAGCAUGUGAGAGGCAUUGGCAUUGGAUCAAACAAUCUAUACCUGACCCCACCCCGCUCAGUGGGGUCAAUCGAGGGUUAACAGCCAAUGGGAGGAGCUUGUUGAUGCAAAUGCAACUGAAAGCUUCCCCAGACGUCAUCAGGGGUCAUGCCAUGGCCCUAGCCACCAGCAGGGCAUCGGACGGGAUCCACGACUGCUGGAUUUCUUUAACGGAAUACCCAAACAAGGGGAGGGGUAGGUGAUGGCCACAAUCUUCCCUCCAACACACCACACAUAUUCCAAUGCCUAACCGCCAAUACCCAAUAAGUUGUGACGAUUUGCUACAAGGUAGGCGAAAACCAAGAGGCUGGUGCCAAUUUGCCAAAUGGAUAAAAUUCCUACUUGGGCAACCAAGGCAACCAACCAAAGCCCAUAGCAAGGUCAACAGAAACAUAGAAAUGACCUAAAGGGAAGGAGGGCAGGUGAUCUGAAGAAAACAGGAUCCAGUGCUGCCGCAGCCGCUUAAGCGCGGCUAAACCCUGCCCACGAGCCAGCCCUAUUGGCUGGCUAAUAGGCUUGGCGUGGCACCUGGGAGAAGGCUGAUGCAGGGGGCCGAAUACGCUCUCUUGCUGAUGCAGGAGUCGGUUCCCGCUCACAACUCCUCCCCUCUGGAAGGAGGAAAGGUCUUGUGAAAGGUCCCAGCUCAGAGGCUGCAGAGGAUAGAAGCUGGGAAAUAUUGGGAGAGGAAGAAGAAGCACCAGGGGAGAGACAGCUGACAGACUCAAUGUCUUUAGAAAGCAUUCCAGACCCUCCCCCUCCCAGAACCCGGCGGGCAUUGAAAGUAGGAGAACAGAAAGCUCAGAGGCAGAAAGCACAGAUCAGCCAAUGUAGGGAUGGUGUAUAAUAGGAGAGACUGAGGGGGUGUGACUUUACUCGGAGCAAUGCCAUUAGAGGCACCUUUUCUAGGCCUCUCUCUGUGAAUAUUGAAUAAAAGACUUGGUAAGAACUCUCCUUGUUUAUCUAAUUCUUGGCUGCCUACCGUGGCAGAUUCCCUGAAGCCUGACACUAUCUGUCCAAUGAAUUUGAUGAGGCAUUGGGCCUCUGGUGGCCCCCAUGUUAGAAUCCCUCUUAUCUACCUCCAAUUUAUUUCUGUUUGUGCACAAGAAAGAAUAGGUAGGCUCACUGCCAGAAAAGGACAACGUCACAAGUGUGGUGGUAUCCUUCCAAUGAGUGUUGGCGAUCACCACCAUUAUGUAAUUGCCCACAAUUGGCUCAGUGUUGCAAAGCAUUGUGGGCAAUUAUAAUUCUGGCCACCCAAAACUCAUCAGGGCUCCAGGGCACUGGUGGAUCCUUGGCAACUCCUUGAGAGUAGCACCUGCUGGCACCCACUUUGACUGUUUUUUUUAUUUCUCUUAUGUGAUGUAAAUGCAAACAAACAGCUCUAGCUAGUGGACAUAAAUCUGGGAGGUUCCUUCCCCUCUUAAUAAAAUGAUUGACGGAAUUGGGUGUUCAGGAUAGUUACAAUAGUUCAACCUAUUGAUAGUACAAUAGUUGACAGAGAAGUCAUAACUCUGCCACUGAGCUGCAACAUGGUGGAUUUUUAAAAAUGGAAAAUAAUUCCUUCAGAGAGCAAAUGUACUGAAAACAUUCCACAGGGAUCCAGACUGUGGGAAAAAAUGUUUCAUCAACAGCAUUUAAAUAAAUCUAAGAGAAAAUAAACAUGUUAUGUAUAUGUAUAAAUGAGUUGUAUGCAACACUCAGCCGUAGCCUACUAUUACUUCAUUUUCAUAUUGCAAUUAGAGUGCUAAACAUCUGAGCCAUACAUUAAUUUUGGCAGGUCACUGAGCACUUUGAAGUGAUUCAUAAGCCAAUGUUUAAACACACUAAAAGACUUUUAGAAUAUCAGCGUGUAAUUGUAUUGAUCUGUAAUAGCACACCAUCAGGUUUUAUACAUAACAUUCCAAUCAAACAGUUGAACGAAGCUGGAAGAAACAAUCAGAGAACUAUGGGGAUGUUUUGGAGAUGCCUUCAAAAAUGAACAGUACCUAUUGCUCAGCAGGGGCAAGUUGUUGGUGGUGUUGUGUCUAAAAAAAAAGUUCCACAAGACUAAAGCAGAACUAGGGAUGUCAGGGAAGUCAGACAGGAACAGAAACUGCCAAUGUUCACUUAUUCAUCUCAUGUUCAACGAAUUGUUGUUCCUUUUGGUCUGCAAAUGAUACACAAUUGAUUGCUUUUCUUUCCCAAUCUGCAUUGUGUUUCCUUUGCUCUGAAAUGAAACUCAACCUUUGCGCUGAAAAGAAUGGUGUGGAGUAAUGGAAUUCAUUGUCUUAAAUGCCACCACGUUUGGACAGUGAGACGAAUAAUGCAGGUUGUUUUUUUUCUGGAAGCCGGUAAAAAGGAUGUCUUCAUUUCUCCACUGCAGGGAGACUGUUAACACCAAGGAAAAUGACUAAACCAGUGCUUGUUUUACAGGGUCCAGACUGAAAAUUGUACUCCUUUAAAUGAAGUUCUUUCACUUAUGCCACACAUCCUCACACAGUUGCCUUUGUUCUUAUUUUGCAGAAGCAGCAACAUAUAGAAGAAAGUCACACAGGAUGGGCUGGUGGAGUACGAUUUUUAUUAUCUUUACACUUCUGAUUUUGUUGAAAUAUUGUAACAGUGCAAUCCUAGCAAUGUCUAUUUUGAAGAACAUCCCGUUGAAUUCAAUGGAUCUUCCGCCCAGUUAAGUUGGGUUAGGAUUGUAGCCUUGUUUCCUAUCUGCGCAGAACACUUUUGCUUUUCACAGUUAUUAAUCCAUGCACUUAACACAAAUUUCAUUCCAACUCAAAAACUGUUUUUGUUUACUUGUAACAAGCACAGAUGGUCUUUUAAAUGGAAAUGAAACAUCUCGGGGAGGGGGGAAAGUAGAAGUCGAAGAAGAACGGAGGAUGUAUUUGCAUAUUGCAGCUAUAUGAAAAUAUAAAUUCUCAGCGUAAUAAUGGUACAAUUCUCAUGUUCACAUAUGCGGUUUCUCAUUUGUAUUUACUUCUUCUUACCAUAAAGCACUUCUAAAGGGACCAAGUGAAUUUCCCCAUUGAUCAUAUUAGAUUAUACUUUUUGUCAUUGGCAUAACAAGAAUAAAGGCAACCAACUACACCCUAAACAAUGUGCUCACACAUUUUGCUUUUAAGUAAAAAUAACCUAAUAUGAACAAGACCACUUAUUCCAUGCAGUUUUACCUGACUGAAAAGGUAUUCGCUUCUUUGUCAUCUACAGUUGAUUUUAUUUUGUUUCUGUUUUUUUUGGUUUUUUUGCCUCAGUUCUUUGUUUCAGCACCUUCUUUCACUUCAGACGGCAUUUCUUACUACAAAAUAUUUAGUGACAAGGAUGGUUACAAACAUAUUCAUUACGUCAAAGACUCGGUGGUAUGUCAAGCAAUUUAAUUUUCAAUUUUCACAUACUCUGCAGUACAGUUGCCAUAAAUAAGACACCUGACUUUACAUGUAUUUCCCCCCCCCCUUUUUUUUAGGAAAAAGCUGUCCAAAUCACUAGUGGAAAGUGGGAGGCAAUAUACAUUUACAGAGUCACAGAUGACGCCAUGUAAGCAUUCUUCCAAGAACAGAGGGUUGGUUAUGUCACCUGUCAAUGGAAAUUUACGUUCAAUGCAAGAAUGAUUUUCUCCCUCAGACAAAUAGCAGAACCCCAUGUUGAGAGGUUGGGCAUCUGCAAGGGCUUUUUCAGAUAACAAGACAAAAUGGAUUCCCCAUUAUGGUUAUUGUCUGGAAAGCUCAUGAUGUUGGGUUGAACCCGUGCUUCAAGGGCAGACAGACUGCUUUUUUUAGGCAUGUUACUAGAGGUAUCUAAUAAUGUAACCAGGGAGAUAGCCACAUUUUAUAUGUUGCUUAAAUAGUAUUGGUGUUUAAUGAUGAUGAUGAUGAUGAUAUUUUAUAUGCCACCCAUUUAUAUUCCCCAGCCACUCUGCUUCCAGCAAAUUAAAACAUCAAACACAGUAAAACACCCAACUUCAAAAUCUUCCCUAUACAGGGCUGCCUUCAGACGUCUUCUAAAAGUCAGAUAGUUGUUUUAUCUUUUUGACAUCUGACAGGAGGCUGUUCCACAGGGCAGGCGCCACUACCGAGAAGGUCUUCAGUAUAUUAUAUAUUCUGGCACAUCACAAACCUUUUGGUUCCAAUUCAACGGUGAGGUCACACAGCUUCUGAGACUUAAUGCAUACAGGAGCAGUUACAAAAGCAGCAGUCCAUUUUUCAGGAGGAGAAAAUGGAACGGGAAUAAAUCUACUCCACCCCACAUUCCUCCUCUCUGAUUGGGGCAGGGGAGCAGCCUGUGAGCAUAAAACCUAUUAGGUACCUAGUUCCUAAUUCAAGUAGAGAUAUGUCCAUAGAAUCCUAUUGACCAGAGGGGGGCAUAUGGCCCCUAAUUCUGUCAGAGCACCUGACUUUUAAAAAUCAAAUAUCCUCUUUGUCUAGUCUAACUCUCAGAAUAAUUUCAGUUCUGUGCAUACUUACCUCUGAGAAACGCCCCACUGAAUACACUGUGGUGUGCUUCUGGCUACAGGACUGCACUAACAAUAACACAGACCUGUAACAUAACAUUCCUGCCUCUGAACAAUCUUAACUAUACAUUUUUUAAAAAAAGUUGAUUGCAAUACUUGAAGUGUAGCACAAUUAUCCCAAAAAAGUUUUAAUAUCACAUAUGUGUAUAUGGACAUAUUAGCCUUGAUCCAGGUAUUUUGCUAUCAGUAGGCUCGAGGGAACUUGCAAAAGUACAGCAAAUCUUUAGGAAAACACCUUAAGGGGAAGAACCCCUUAUAACAGCCUACUGAGGACUGAGCGUGCUCCGUGGUCACGGAAUGCUGACAUGCUGUUGGGAAAGGGGGAAUGGCUAGCUUGUUGGAACCCUGACCAGGAGCGCUGCACGCUGCAACAUUUUGUUGUAGGUUCUACUUGUUGAAUGUCUAAUGGCAACCAACACUUCAUGAUCUCCUUGCUCUAUUAAAGCAUGCUUUAUUUAACAACAUACAUUGCCUUUCAGAUUCUAUUCAAGCAACGAAUUUGAAGGCUAUCCAGGAAGAAGAAAUAUUUACAAGUAAGUCAUCAUCAAACAUUUUGCACUGUUGUUCGUUUGGUUUCUGAGACAUGCCCAGUAAGUUAUUUCCGAACACUGUGUUGCACCGCAUGCAGCAAGAAUGUGUUACAGUUUCCAUGCCUGCUUCUGCAUUCUAGAUCGAGGCUGAAGUUUUGCUUUUGUUUUUAAAUUCCGCUGUUUUACAGAAUUAACAGAAGAAAUCCCGGGACAAGACAGUGCAUUACUUGUUAUUUAAGAAAAGAAAGAUGCCAGUACUAUGCAGCAAGUUUCAGUUACAAUGCCAACUAUUAUGCUUUGCUCUGUUACGGUAUGUGAAAUGUGUGGAACUAUUACAUCCUCAUUGUUCUCUCAGGAACCCAUCAGGUAUUUCUGCUUCAAAGCACCUUAUUAAUAAAUGGAACAUUACAGGUGCCGUUAUAUGUAUACUUAACUGAGUAAAAGCCCCAGGGAGCAAAAGAACACUUAUUUCAGUGUGAAUUUGCACAGGGCUUCAUAAUUAAUUACAUUUAUUGCAAACCUUUCCUCAAGUUGGCACACAUGGGUCUCAAACAAGCCCCAUUUUUUAUCCUCACAACAGUCCUGUGAGGUUAACCAAGUUCAAAGAAUGUAAUUGGCCCAGUGAGCUUUAUGGCCAAGUGGGAAUUUGAGUAAGUCCUGGUUGAAUUCAGUAGGGCUUAAUCUCAGAGGAGUUAGGACUGCAGCCUUUGUCUAACACUACCAUGCCGGCUCUCCAUGCUUUGAAGAGAUCUAGAAGAUUUUGAACUAGGAUAUUCCAAGCUUUGAAUUAGGAUAUUGUGUGCCUUUAGAUCUCAGUUCUGCCAUGAAAUCCUUAGGUAGCCAUUUUUUGUCUCAAUCCUGCCCCCCGCCCCUUGUAAUUUUGAAGAUAAUAUUACUGGCCUACUUUACAAGGUUGUUGUAAUGAUUGCAGCUGAAUGCUCAAAAGCACUCUAUAAAUGGUUGCAGUGUUGAUGGGAAGUUGUAACACUGAAAUCAAUUCUGCAUUUUCAAACUUAAAGCACAGUUGGGAAUGAAAUUGCUUCCUAACUUUGUUCACAAAUUCUGAAUAUCAGUAACUGAUCCACAAAGUUGGUGCUAGAUCCAUUUUCUAAGCGUUACAUAACCCAAUUCUAGGCAAGUUUAUUUGGCUGUAGGUCCCAUCAAGUUCAGUGGGACUUAAUCACCCAAAUAAGUGAAGCUGGCCCUGCCAUUAGGCAAAGGAAGGCACUCACCUCAGGCAGCAGAUACUAGACGGCAGGGACCAGCAAUAAACCACUGUGUGUAUGUACCUUCUAAGCCAGGCAUAGGCAAACUCAGCCCUCCAGAUGUUUUGAGACUACAAUUCCCAUCAUCCCUGACCACUGGUCCUGUUAGCUAGGGAUGAUGGGAGAUGUUGUCCCAAAACACCUGGAGGGCCGAGUUUGCCUAUGCCUGUUCUAAGCGAUCCUGUAUCCUUUAGAUGUGAUGGAGGAUGCUUCCACAUCACCAGUGUUGCAGUAAGUUUCAACUCCCAGUCUGGUCAGUUUCCAUGCAUGGAAUGGGAGCGGGGCACCAUCUUGUUGUUUGCCUCAAAAUGUAGCAAAAUGCCUUGAGCCAGCCCCACGAGAAAGUGUGCAUAAAACAGCAACCUGAAUCCUUGUGGGGGUAGAAUGUUUUGGGUGGGGGCAGUAGACUGAGGUCUGCUAACCAACACUGCAACUUUGUUGGCACAAGGGACUUCUGAGUAUGCAACAGAACCGCCCCAUCCUCUUCUGUCCCCUUAAGCAGCCCCUCACAGGGCAUGACCUCCAGAUUGGCUCCAGAGUGUUGGAGAGCCUUCCAGAACAGAUUCUGGGGGACGCAGGGAGGACAGAGAGAAGUCCCAUUGCUGUACCAGUGAACCUCUGCUGGUGCAGCAAUGGAUACAAAUCUGAGAACUGGUUGAACGCCCCACUUCCCCUGAAAUUCUACAGACCCUGAGAUAUGAGGCAACAUGUCAUUGUCUUCCCUUCUUUGUGAGAAACUAGCCUGCUUUCACUUUUCAGAGUUUCAGUAUGCUUCUUGUGUGGAAUCUUGUCUCCACACUUUGCAUUGGGAAGGAGUGGGGCAGCUUAUAAUGACAGCAGUAUAUAAUUUUUUUCAUAAAUGGUUCUGUUAACAGACUAAAUUACUAGUAGGAAAAUUUAAGAUCAUGCAUAUAAGGGCUAGAACAAUCUAAUUCAUUACAUGAUUGUUUAAACUGUAAAAGCUUGGAGGUUUGACCUCCAAGGCACUGUAAUUCACUUUCAGUCCUCCUAACCAGAGAAGGCAGAAACAAAUUGCCGACACGAAAGAAGGCUGUAGCCUUCCAUUAUUUUAAUGAGUAGCUCUUGGCAUGUCAAGUUUUAAGUUGUUAUGAGCCAUGUGACGUUUUAUUUGAUGGAGUCGGCGAAGGGGGAAAGAUCCAUCCAGAGGGUUUCUGUGUUAAUUUCUGAAAUAAGCUCAACCAGGUUUGCUCUCAUGGAACCGUAUCCAAAAGCAUCACAAAGUCUAACCAAAAUGACUCAUUUGGUGUUUAAUGAAGCGUAGAGAUCAAGCGUUAAGUAGUAGAUCUGGAUGUGUACAGGUUGAUGGAUGAGUACGGAACACAUGAAACUGCUCACAAGGCAGAAAUAUCGCCAUGACGGUAGCCAUGGGAUCAUGCUAAGGAGAAAAUAGCUACUCCGAUCAGUGUUUUAUGAUCUGGACCGGAUGCUCAAGCGUGCAAAUAAUAGAGUUCCCCCCUUGCUAAGCAAAGAACCAAACAUAACAAAAUGAUAAUGCCUUUCAAUCAUCCUUGCCAAGGAUGUUAUCGCACAGGAAAUGUGCUCACCUUGAGAAAUGAGUUCCGACAACUUCUCCGGAUCCUUUUGUGCAUGGGUAAUUUGGGGCACAGCUUAUGUAACUAUUAGCUGGGCAUCACUUCAUCUGCGAGAGCAAAGAGAUUCUCUGAAAUAUGUAAAGGUUAACAUUUCUUUGUUUCCCCAGCAGCGCUUCUGGCACAGGUGCCGUUUAUGCCAACGUGACACCAAACAUAGUUAUUCAGCCACUCUUGCUAUGCACUGCGCUAUCGUUUAAUACCAAUAGCAAUCAUGGCAUUUACAGGGUUAAAGUAAGAGGCAGGCUCCUGGUUUGGAGGUGCCUAUGAUUUAAAGGUGCAACGAAAUAAGAGGGGGAGAAGCGGGGGGGGGGGCGGGGGAAAGAUUGUCAACAAAUAUGUUUGCAGGACUCCUUUGUGUGAGAAUGCAAGUGAGGAAAUGGUCAUUUCAGGGCCCAGUAGAGUUGUAUGAUGUCAGCACUGUGAAUUUGGCAUUGGAGCCGCAGGGAGAUGAGGAAGGAGAAUGUAACUCUUCCCCUCCACACAUAGUCCUGUCAAAAAAUCUUCUCUUUCCAAAGCUGCAAUCAUCAGGAGGGAUAGCAAUGGAGGUUGUGGUCCUAAUGAAAAUUGAAGCCGUGUGUGUGUGUGUGUGUGUGUGUGAUUUUUGUCAGGACCACAUGGGGUUAACCCCCCCCCCAGCUCACUUAUAUAAAGAGCAGCUGCAGGGAAGUCCAAACACCACAGGGAGAUAGAUAGAUAGAUGAUAGAUAGAUAGAUAGAUAGAUAGAUAGAUAGAUAGAUAGAUAGAUAGAUGAUAGACAGACAGAUAGAUAGAUAGAUAGAUAGAUAGAUAGAUAGAGUUUAGGUUCACAUUUUGGCUCUGGAGCCUCACUAGAGAAGAGCCGUACUGAUACCCUUAUACCAGUAUCUUAACUUCUACAUCUUCUUUUACUGUUUGUCCUUUCUCCCAUCCCUGGAGAAGCCUAGAAAUCGUAGUUUGUAAAGUGCUAAGAAAGAAUGCUAGGAACCAUUUCACUCCUGGGAACUAAUAAAUAAAAUAAAUAAACCUUUAUUGUCACUACACCACCUGUGUGCAGUGAAAUUAAACGAACCCCCACACCCCACAUACAUUUGCACUCUGUGUGCUUGUCGGAAAUCAAUUGCACCACUAUUUUUCCCCGUGCGGCAGGACAUCUUCCUCCUUCUGUUGCUUCCUACAGCUCCCUACACACACACACACACAGAGAGAGAGAGAGAGAGAGAGAGAGAGAGAGAGAGUGUUAUGUAGGGGUUGUGGUGGUGAGGGACCUUUCAGAACAGAUUUCAAAAGAGUUACUGAAGAUUGCAGGACCCUCCAGAAUGCAUGCAAUAUAGCUGGAUGUGGCAGGAAGGAAGAAUUGAUUAACGUUGCCGUGUGUGUGUGUGUGUGUGUGUGUGUGUGUGUAAAUAUAAGUGCUUUCUGCUGGUGUACAUAUAAAUACUGCCACCCUAACACCCAAAGCUCCUUAGCAUCUUACAUAUUAAUACUGUCUGUGAUGAAUAAAAGAGGAACAUGUUACAUGCAAGUAUCUAGCCAACAAAAUUUGUGCUAUUUUCAGAAGUAAUAAUUCUGGGGUGGUGGGUGGGGGUUUUUUUUUUUGCAGUUCUUGUUUCUUUCAAUGUCAAUUCUCUUUUUCUUCCAAUCCCCAUCGCAGGUCCAGGCAUUCCCAUUUCUACUAUUUAUGAGAGCAGAUAUGACAGAGGUAUCUUUCACUAUGCAUGUUUGUGUACCCUGUUGAUUGGUUUAAAUUUAGAUCCACGGUGUACAAUUAAAGCACAUUUAAAGCAAAGAAUCAUGGGAACUGUAGUUUACGCAUCCCAGAGCAACAAGUCCCAGCACCCUUUAACAAGCAACAGUUCCCAGGAUUCUUUAGGGGCAGCCUUAAUGUGCUUUUAAACCUACUGAAAUCCUAUGCACUCUUACCCAUGACUAAGUCCCUAUUACAAUCAAAUAUAGGAACAGGCUAUAAAGCUAAAGAUGAAGACAUUUCGAGUUUGAUCUCAAAGCAUUUUUAGUACAUUCACAGGCAGAAAAUCUGAUUAGAUACAGUACAUGUGCUCUGCCUGUUUUAUAUACCUGGCAUUUGUUAAGAAUUUUUUAAAAAGCAUUCAUUAAACAAACGUUCUACCCACCUGCCUUCUUUUUCCCUUCACUGUUUAUUCUGCUUCAAGUGUUAUAGUAAUUAACAUUAUAGCAUGCAAUCAGCAUGUGUAGAAACAUUUCUUCUGGGCAGAAUGAGCACGUGCGUUGAUGGGGGAUGGCAUCGCAUGUGCAGACCUUCGCCUAUUCAUUUCAAUAGCAUGCAUCAGUUCAGUUCAGAUAUUGAAACAGACAUGUGCAGGGUGGGGUGGAAGCUGACACCAUGAUACCAUCUCCUUGCAUAUUUGCUCUACCCAGAACUGAUGGCCCAUGGUGAAGAAAGGCCAGGGUUUCAUACACAGCCAGAUAUAUAAGCAGCCAGUUGUGGAUUUUCCAGAUACUUUCUACCGGCCAUCCGCUUUAUUAUGGUCAUUCGUCUUGUGCAUUUUGUCUUUCUCCCUCUUUGAGGAUCAGGCUGUACAUUAGCCCCUGUUAGAAGACAGGCGGGUGGCCUAUUUGCCUGCCUUUAAACUUAUUUGCCUGCCUUUAAACUUAGGGGACGCGGGUGGCGCUGUGGGUUAAACCACAGAGCCUAGGGUUUGCCGAUCAGAAGGUUGGCGGUUCGAAUCCCCACAACGGGGUGAGCUCCCAUUGCUCGGUCCCUGCUCCUGUCAACCUAGCAAUUCGAAAGCACGUCAAAGUGCAAGUAGAUAAAUAGGUACCACUCUGGCGGGAAGGUAAAUGGCGUUUCUGUGCGCUGCUCUGGUUCGCCAGAAGCGGCUUAGUCAUGCUGGCCACAUGACCUGGAAGCUGUACGCCAGCUCCCUUGGCCAGUAAAGCGAGAUGAGCGCUGCAACCCCAGAGUCGGUCACGACUAGACCUAAUGGUCAGGGGUCCCUUUACCUUUACCUUAAACUUAUACUAGAAAAAUGUAACCUGUGCCGUUAAUAAAGAUAGAGCAACUUGUGCAGCACGUUGGCGAUAAAUAUUCACACAGUUGUUCAAAAAUAAUUUUACACCAUUUAUUAAAUAUGUGAGAAAGACAAUUACUUACAAAGUGCCAUGAAAACUUACAAACGACCUAAAAUAAAGUGAACUUGCAAUAUCAGAUUUUACUAGGUUCUUACAAAUUCUUGAUUCAGUUUUUCGUUUUUUCUUGUUUUUUAAAUAAGUUCAAGAAGAUUCAAGAAAAGGGUAAGUUCAGCGUUGUUCCCAGUAGCUGUGAGGUGCUGAUGAGGCAGCGUACGAAGUAAUAAAGAAGGCAGGGUGAUUUGUUGACGGAUAGCACACUCCCUGAGCAUAGUUUUCUGACAUGAGACAACUGAAGAAGGCCAGAAAACUGUGCUCAGGGAGUGUGCUAUUCACCAACCCCAACAAAUCAGCCCCAUCGGGGGCGAAACAGCAGCCUCCCAACUGCAUGGAUUGCUAGGGCAAAAUGGGGAUAGAACGCUGACACCCUGUCUUCUUCUCACAGCUACCAGGAACAACAUUGAACUUACCCUUUUCUUGAAUCUUCUUGAACUUGUUUAAAAAAACAAUUAAAAAAACAAAAAACUGAGUCAAGAAUUUGUAAGAACCUAGUAAAAUCUGAUGUUGCAAGUUCACUUUAUUUUAGUUCGUUUGUAAGUUUUCAUGGCACUUUGUAAGUACAGUAAUUGUCUCUUUCUCACAUAUUUGAUAAAUGGUGUAAAAUUAUUUUUGAACAACUGUGUGAAUAUUUGUCGCCAACAUGCUGUACGAGUUGCGCUGCCUUUAAACUUAUAUCAGUCUAAGCAUUGCCCUGCCUGCAAAACUAAGUCAGUUGUUAAGUUUUCUGGUAUUUCCUGUUCAUGAUUACACUGGAAAUCUUCUGGUAUUUCAUGACCAGGAAGUGGUUUCCCUAAGUGCUGGGUAAGGGGGAGAGUUUUACUGUCAAUGUAAUCUAGCUGUAACUGUUUUGCUAUGUAUGUGCUAGCACUGUCUGGUGUUAUCUUAGGUCAUACAUCUGUAGCAUAGGGCAAUCUAAAAUUAUAUACAGAUCCUCGGGGGCGGGGAAGUGAGCUCCUUUAACUAAUCAAUUGAUGGAACACAUUAAACAUUUCAGGUACUUAAUCCUAUUACUUCAUUACUUAAUAGAUUUUUGAACGUUUUCUUUCAAAGACUACCACUUCCGUCUCCCAGCUCUUCUACAUAACACAUCUCUUUCCUGCUCAAACCCCAGAGAGCAAGUAUAGGCAAGUCCCAGAUGUCUUGGGACUACAACUCCCAUCAUCCCUGACCACUGGUCCUGUUAGCUAGGGAUGAUGGGAGUUGUAGUCCCAAAACACCUGGAGGGCUGAGUUUGCCUAUGCCUGCCAGAGAGGGUUUAAAAACACUCUGUCAAGCACUACAACCCAGCAAUAAAUCCCAACUCAGCAAUAGAUGUUAUCAUAGAUCCAAGGAGGUAUAGUCCCAGCAAAUAUUUUCCUAUUUUCUCCUCCAUAGAAGAGAACACUCUGUUACUGCUAAAACCACACAGAUGCUUGCUAUUUGCAUACAGGAUAUUCACUUAUACACAUGACCUUAGCAGAUUUGACAUGUAUUCUCUAUUUGUGUCCUGUCACGUAAUAAUUAGAUUGCAACCAUACUCGGUUGUUCUUGUACCGUUUCUAAAAAUUAUUUUAGCUUUCUUUUUUGAGGAUAUGUCUGCAAAAUGUCAUAGGACCAACUUGGAAGGAGGUUCAGAAAUCAGCAAUGAUGCUAACAAGAACGCUAACCAAUGGCAAAUGUAUUGUGAAUCUAAAUUUUCAUCUAUGUAGAAAUUCGAAUUUUGGAAGACAAUAGGGAUUUGGAAUCUUCUCUGCAAAAGAUCAGCAUGCCUACCACAGAUUUUGACAAACUUGAAGUGGAUGGUAUAAGUAAGUACAAUCGACUAUGUAUCCUCCCCUUUUGCUUUUACAUUAUGCGUGACAAGGGAAGUAGUGGCUAUGGUAGGUAUUUAAAGGCUUCAUGUUUGGUAACUGUGGUCCUUUCCAGACUGCCAAGGAUUCAAGGAUUCAAUCACCUACCAGAAAUGCAAGUUGGUGCAAUUGAAGUGGAUUAAAGCAUUCUGUCACCCUGACUCAACAAACCCACUUUUUUUCUUUUUUAAAGAGACUUCUUGCAAUUGAGAAAGUGAUGGGAAAUUGCACUGAAAAGUGUGGGAUGUAGGAAGAUGUAUAACCACAGUACAAGCAAAACAGGAUGAAUGCUCUUUGUCAUAUACUUUCCCUGCAAAGAAAUCAGAACGAAUGUUUAGUAAUAAGUAGACAUAGGGUUCAUACACACAUCUGCUUGUGCCCUGACUAGAAAGCAUGGGUUCGACCAUUUUCUCCCUUGCCCUGCUCCUUCCUAAGAGAAAACCCGCUCUUUAGAGAUAGAUUGGAACAAAUGGCAAUCUGGGGAAAGCCCAAAUUGCUGUUUGUUCCGACUGAGCCUUAAAGAGUGGUUUUAUCUAGGGGAAAGAGGAAGUGUGGAGAAGCCCAUAGUCUAACCCCCACAUAAGCUUUGUGCAGGCAAAUCAGGGUAAAUGACGCAUAAGCAGGCCAUCUGAAGGAGCCCCAUAGCUGCACAGAAAUAUGGCAGUUUGCCACCUUGAGCAGUGCAAGACGCCUAACGUGACUGGAAUGCUGUGCACAGUCCUGAUUGCCCCACACCCAGAAUGAUAUUGUAGGAAAUGGCAGCCAAAACUAUCAAGAGGCUAGAGCAGCUCCCUUGUGAAGAAAGGCCUUUUUAAUUUAGAAAAACAACAACUGGCAGGAAGGGGGCAUGGUGGAGGUAUGUAGAAUGAUGCCUAUUGUGGAGAAAGUGGACACAGAGACAUCUUUUCUCCCUCAUAGUACUAGAACUUGAAGGAAAGGUCACUCUAUGAAACUUAAUGCACCAGUGAUUCGGAAGAGACCUCCCCACCCCAAACUACUUCUUCACAAAAUGCACAAUUCCUUUGCAGAAUUCGCUAUCACGAGAUGCACGAUGGAUCUUCUUCAUUCGCUAUUUGUAAUCCCCUCUCUCCCUCUCCCUCUCUCUUCAGCCUUGUGGUACAAAAUGGUGCUCCCUCCACGGUUUGAUAAAUCCAAGAAGUAUCCCCUUCUCAUACAGGUGUAUGUAAAAUUGUGUUUAUUUAUCAUUGCUUGCUUCCUUUCUUUAACAUAACUUUGCUUUAUUUGGGUGUCCCUUAACAAUUAUUGUCAAAUACGCUCACGGCUAGUGACCAUAGAGUAGUAAAAUAUCUUUAAGUUAUAAGAUCAGGCCUGGUGAACCUCAGGUCUGAGGGCCACUUUUAUUUGGUCCUUGGGACUCUACUUCCCAAGCUACAUCUCUGCCCAAGGCUAAGCCCCUCACCAGCCUUGCUCUGCGUCUACCUCAAGUGCUUUUGCCUGGUUGGAAGGUGUUUCUGAAGUGUGAUAAUGCCAGUUGUCUGCCUGGAUAGAGAAUGGGAGGGUGGGAACCUCAGUUGUUUUCCAUCCCUUGACUAUAGCCUCCUAUAUACUCACUUUCCUCCCCUGCCCCCACCCUCUGUCAUGCAUUCCCCAGCAGGUUCCUACAAGGGAAUGUGACUGGGGCUGAUGGGAGCUGGAGUAAUCUGGAGCGCCCCGGGUCCCCCAGCCCUGUGUUAGGCAAUGCAGUGUGACAAAACACCUUACCUAGUAACAAUAUAUUAUGUACCACAAUAUAGAAACAAAAAGGAAGGCAACGUGCCCAAGCCCUCUCAGGUGUGAACCUGAGCAAUACCAUUUUGCCUAGGCUCUGUAUUUGUCAAAGAUUUAUUUUUUUUGGCCACCAUUUCCUUUUGCUUUUUUCUUUAAUAAAAGGGAGUGUUUUGUAGUCCAUUGUGCUGAAUUUGAGAUUCUGUGAAUUUUCGCUGCAGGUACGGAGGACCUUGCAGUCAAAGCGUGAAACACACGUUUGGGGUUAGCUGGACGACCUACCUUGCGAGCAAAGAAGAGAUUGUGGUGGCUUUCGUGGAUGGAAGGGGGACGGCCUUCCAAGGAGAUGAAAUGUUAUACGCGGUCUAUCGGAAACUUGGGGUUUAUGAAGUUGACGAUCAGAUCUCAGCUGUAAGGUAAGGGAAAGAGUGCAGUUCUGCAAACCUACAGUGCAAGCCUCUAGGAGAAAGGACUUUGUGGCUUCUUUUUUUCUUUUUUUUUAAAAGAUAUUUAUUAAGAUUUUCAGAAUAUUACAAAACAUAAAAAGAAAAAAGAAAAAUACAAAGUAAAAAUAGUUAAAAACAAUUCCUUCCUUCCGUUACUUAGCCUUCAUUUGCUUAUUUCCAGGACCUCCUCGCACCUCCCUUUUUUGUAUUCCAGUUCGGUUGUUAGUUCAACAAAUCCCUCCCCUCUUUAUGUAUCCUAAUCAUUAAUCAUAAAAUAUUGUAAUUUUAAAUUUUUACAUAUUAAUAAACCAUUUUUUCAUGUUCCCUUAUAACAUUUCAGCUAAAGACCACUUAGUUUCUGUCCAACAUCAUUCUAACAUUCAUUAAUUUUGCAAUAUUUCUGUAGAUAGUCUUUAAACUUCUUCCAAUCUUCUUCCAUCGACUCUUCUCCCUGGUCUCGGAUUCUGCCAGUCAUUUCCGCCAAUUCCAUAUAGUCCAUCUGUGUGGCUUCUGUAUAGUGCCGAUAUAGCUCUCGUUGCUAGACAAAUGUGGCAUCUUAAAUAUUAGAUGCAUAUAGUCCAGCAUCCUAUUCUCUCAGUGGCCAACUAGAUACCCAUGGGAAGCCCACAAACAGAAUCUGAGAGCAACAACAUUCUCCCCACCUGCGCUUCCUAGCAACUGAUGUUCACUGGUAUACAGCAGUGGAGGUAGCACAUAGGAGCUGAAAGUAAUAGAUUCUCCAGGAAUAAGUAGCUCUAUUCUCCAUGAAUUUGUCUGAAUUUUCUUAAUUAUCAUGCUAGUUCAAAUUUCAUUCUCUUCUGGGAACAUUACAAAGAACACCUUGAAUUUAGAUAUACUAACAAACAUCAGGGUGUUCUUUUCAUGCAUGAGGUACUUGGUCACUUGUUUGCGGAUGCAGCAAUGUUUUUUGCUUGUUCCCACACUCAUCAUCCGUUAUCACCGAGCAAAUAAUCCCAUUUUGGCAAAAUGAGCAUUACUUGAUGAAAGAGGUUGCUUCUGGACCCAGCUUUCCCACUGAAGUGGGGCCUAGAAGCAGCUGUGACUGUUACAACAGCAGUGGUCAUUCCUGGAUUGGGAGAGCUUGACCAAAGUAGUUCAGGCAUUGGUGACUUCAGUAAUGAUUUCCUGCAAUGCACUGUAUGUGGGGCUUCCGUCGCACUUUACCCAGAAACAGCAGUUAGGGCAGAAUGCUGCAGCACUGAUGCUGACAGGAGUGAGACCCUAUUAGCAUAUAACAGCUCAACUCAGAGAUUUUCACUGCUUGCCGAUUUGUUACUGGGCCAAGUUCAAGGUUUUACCAUUGGUAUAUAAAGCCCUUAAUGGUUUGGGACAAGUUUACUUGCAAUAUUACCUUACAACAUAUACGUACAUUCGACCACUUCAGUCUGCGGAAGUGGCCCUGCUACAGGGUGCCACGUAUUACUAAUUCUGCAGUUGAAACAAAUCAGUCUUUUACACCUUGGAACUCCCUGCCUGUUGAUACCUUUAUUCUGCUCUUCUCGUUGCCCGCCUAGACAUGUAGUAAUUGCAUCUGUUUUAGCUUAUUGUUGAUCUUAAUUGUUUAUCAGUUUUUGAAUGUUUUUAACUGUCUUUUAUAAACCAUUUAAUAUUAUGUCUUAUCUUAUUGGUGAACCUCUUUGAAUUUUUUAUUUUAUUUUAUUUUUUACAAUCCGUUGGUAAAAGGGCUUUGCAAAUGAUGUAGGGUUGCUUGUGAAUGGCAGAGUCGGAAAUAGAACCCAUGAACUCUGGUCUCCAACACCUGUGAUCUAUAUACCUGAUAACAUGCCUAUCUAAACAGGUUUUAUCUCUCCUGUCCUCUUUCUGCUUAUUGACUCUUCCAUUUCCUCUUCAUAUCAAGAAUCAUGUUGCUUUAACCUCACUUUAAAAAAACAACCAGCAACAAAGAUUGACACAGAUGAGACGUUACACUAUUUUGAGCCCCACAGCCAUCACUUACUUGCUUUUCUAUUGCACUGCGCAAGAACGCCUUGUUUUAUAGUAACCAUAAAACUUAUGAAUUGGCUUUAAUUGCUCUAAAGUGUUCAGAUACAACAGAAGAUGUGGCGGGUGCCCAUCCAACUAGGUUAAGCUAAAACCAAGCUGUUCUUCUGUUCGUUCAUUCAUUCAUUUAAUUUGGGAAAUUUAUAGACAACUAAACAUUAGCAGAUAUCGUAAUGGUGUGCAACAUUAAAAAUACAAGAGAGACUGGAAACAUUUCCCCCCCAAAAAACAGAAAAAUCUGAGACUGCCCACAUCUGUUGGCAGUCUGCUGUAAAAAGUUUGUGUGUGUGUGUGGAACUGGUUCAGCUUGCUGCAAAAUAAAAAUAAAAGGAAAAAUAUAUCUGAAACCAUGCAUUCAAUUGACUUCAGUUGUUGGGGCCCAGUGUGCAUUCAGUGUGGUUUGCACUAGAAUGGUGGCAGCUUUUCAGCUCCAAAUCUGCAAGCAAACAGGUAACUGCAAAGGCCAAGAACUCGGACAGAGAAUGCUGUGGCAAGAGAAAUUUGCUGAGUCUCUCCACCUGUUCUGAAUUGCCCACGUGCUCUGUGGGGGCUCCUCCUCAGGGAGGUUGAUGAGGUUCCUGGUGUGAAAAUGGCCUUGUUUGUUUUUCUUUGAAAUUUGGCUUCCUCAAGUUUUUAUUUUGUAAUAAUAAUUUAAAACAGCAAGCCGCAGACUGGGGAAUAGUAAACAGCUGCUUGACCUACUUGUUUCUGCCGUUCUGUCAUUUCCUUUUCUUCUUUAACCACUUGCCCUCUCAUAGCUUGUCUUUAGCUAUUAUUAUUUUUUACAUUUUUCAUGGAACUGGCUGCUGCUUUAAGAGAAUGUGUCAAAUCAACCCCCUUUGGCACCUGCCCACAACUCCAUUUAGAUAUAGCACACUACACCAUGGUCUUAGGAAUGCAAUCUGCAGUCAUUUUGGUUCUCUUCAAGCUCAAAAACUACAGACGAAAUCACUAGGAUUCAAAAACAAUAGCAAAGGCUAUUGAUGAAAAUAACAAUACAAUAUGUUGCAAUGUUGAUACAUAAAAGCACAUGUGGAAUAAGCUCGUAUUGUAGCCAAAAAUAGACUGACAAUACAGAAUUACCCUCUGAGGUGGAAUCUGGAAUGAAUGCACUAGAGUUGUUGUCUAGUUCUCUGCAUUGUAUAUUGUUUUUGUUGCUUUCUCAAAACCAACUUAGAAAUGAAGACAUUCUUGUGGUUGGCAGCUGGAGAAAACCCCCCUAGAUUAUCUGAUGUAAAUAAUCCCAAGUAAUUUAGCCGGCAAAACUCUCCAAAAUAUUGUUUAUUGGUUCUCCAGAAGCUGUAAUGCAAAAUACUGUAAUUUGCUUUAAGUUGCCAGCUAUCUUCCCUGUCUGAGCUCUCUUUAAGUAGCUUUCAGCCUGCAUUUAUGUUCCUCAUUCUUUUAGCUAGAGAGCUACAAAUAUGCACAAUGCUUUCCCCUUGUUCAUUACUGAGUUACUCAGAGGAAAAGUUUUAGUCUUGUGCAAAUCAGCUGUGUAGGAUUGCUGGGAGAGACUAAGUUGCCUAAAGCCAUUCAUAAUAGAUGGGUCAGGUUUUCAGCUUGGGAUUCUCCUCACGGUAGCCACUGUCCUGCGCUGGAAAAUACCAGAGCAAAAGGGUUUCGAGCAUGUCCUAAGAUGGGUGGAUAUUUGGGGUCUGUUUAUUACAAGGGUGGGCAACAUGAAGUCUUUGUCUUAAUUUCAUGUGUGUGGCUAGGAGGUGAAAAGAGAGGUGACAAAAAGAGAGGAAAGUGAGUGGCAGAAAGAGAGGACUUUUCAUGAAGACUUUAAAAAACAAUAAUAAUUACAAACUCAUGUUGAAAUAUCAAGCUAUUUAGAGCUUUAUAGGUCAUAACUACUGAUUUGAAUUAUUAAUGGUAUAAGGCUUGAUUGAUUUUGAAUCAGGCUUUGGAUAAUAAUAAUAAUAAUAAUAAUAAUAAAUUUUAUUUAUAUCCCGCCCUCCCCAGCCAAAGCCAGGCUCAGGGCGGCUAACAACAAAUAAAUAAUCAAACAAUUAAAUAGUCCAACAUUCUAAAACAUUUCAUUAUAAAAAUUAAUUAAAAUCAAAUUAAUGGCAACCGUUGAGCAAAGUUCUGUGUAGGUUGCCGGAGGUGGGAGUCAGGCUGGGCCCUGACCAAAGGCCUGGUGGAACAACUCUGUCUUGCAGGCCUUGCGGAAAGAUGUCAGGUCCCGCAGGGCCCUAGUCUCUUGUGACAGAGCGUUCCACCAGAUUGGAGCCGCAGCCGAGAAAGCCCUGGCUCUAGUUGAGGCCAGCCUAACCUCUCUGAGGCCUGGGACCUUCAGGAUGUUUUUAUUUGCAGACCGUAGGUUCCUCUGUGGGGCAUACCAGGAGAGGCGGUCCCGUAGGUACGAGGGUCCUAGGCCGUAUAGGGCUUUAAAGGUUAAAACCAGCACCUUAAACCUGAUCCUGUACUCCACCGGGAGCCAGUGCAGCUGGUAUAGUACCGGAUGAAUGUGAUCUCGCAGCGAAGACCCCAUAAGGAGUCUCGCCGCGGCAUUCUGCACCCGCUGGAGUUUCUGGGUCAGUCUCAAGGGCAGCCCCACGUAGAGCGAGUUACAAUAAUCCAGUCUGGAGGUGACCGUCGCGUGGAUCACAGUGGCUAGGUCAGGGCGAGAGAGAUAAGGGGCCAACUGCUUAGCUUGGCGGAGAUGAAAAAAUGCCGCCUUUGUUAUAGCUGUAAUCUGCGCCUCCAUAGAGAGGGAGGUAUCGAAGAUUACACCCAAACUCUUAACGGACGGUGCUGGCACUAAUUGCACCCCGCAAGAGAUGGGAGUUGCCCCCAAUCCCAUAUCGUCCCGUCCCAGCCAGAGGACCUCUGUCUUCGAAGGAUUUAACUUCAACCGGCUUCCGCGUAACCAUCCAGCCACAGCUUCCAAACAUCUGGUCAGUGUGUCUGGGGCCGAGUCAGGAUGGCCAUCCAUCAACAGAUAGAGUUGGGUGUCAUCGGCAUACUGAUGGCAACCCAGCCCAAAACUCCGGACAAGCUGGGCGAGGGGGCGCGUAAAGAUGUUAAAAAGCAUCGGGGAGAGUAUCGCACCCUGAGGCACUCCACACACCAAGGAGUGGCGGGAUGACACUUCCCCCCCAAGCGCCACCCUCUGUCCCCGACCGGAGAGAAACGAGCGCAGCCAUUGAAGGACUGUGCCCUGGAUCCCCACGUCGGCAAGGCGGUGGUCCAGGAGUUCGUGAUCAACCAUGUCGAAGGCUGCUGACAGAUCUAGAAGAAUCAGCAGCCCCGACCCGCCUCGAUCCAGCUGCCUACGGAGAUCAUCUGUUAGGGCGACCAGAGCCGUCUCGGUCCCAUGACCAGCGCGGAAGCCAGACUGGAAUGGAUCUAGAGCCGAUGUUUCAUCCAGAAACCUACCAAGCUGUUCAGCAACCGCUCUCUCAAUCACCUUACCCAGGAAUGGAAGAUUCGAAACCGGGCGGUAAUUGGAUAGAUCUAAGGGAUCUAAUGAUGUUUUCUUUAAGAGCGGGCGCACCACUGCCUCCUUCAAUUCCCCUGGAAAUAUCCCGGUGCCUAGGGACAAAUUGAUGAUAUCCCCCAGGGGGGCCCGCACCUCGUCUGGACACGCUCUAAUCAGCCAAGACGGGCACGGGUCAAGAGGACAGGUGGUGGGCUUUCCAGCUCGGAGGAGUCUGUCCACAUCGGCUGGGGAUAUCCGAUCAAAGUGGUCCAAUACUGGACCCGAGGACAGUCGAGGGGCCUCCAGUUCCUUUAUUGUAUCCAAAUUGGCAGGGAGGUCAUGGCGGAGCAACAGGACCUUCUCCGCAAAAAAGCUUCGCAAACGCCUCACAGCUAUGUGUCAGAUUGUUAUUUAAAUUUGGCUGUCCUUCAAGGGACGUUAAAGACCUAAUUAUACUAAAUAAUUGCGCCGGGCGAGAGCUAGCGGAUGCAAUGGAGGCCGAGAAGUAAGACUUCUUAGCGGCCUUCACCGCCAUCUCAUAGGUUUUCAUAAAAACCCUAUAAGAUGUUCUUGAGGCUCCGUCACGGGCACCCCGCCAUACUCGCUCUAGCCGUCUGAGGUCCCGCUUCAUUUUCCGAAGCUCCUCGGUAAACCAGGGAGCCCGGUUUCUGCGGAGUCGCAGAGGGCGCUUAGGUGCGAUCUCAUCUAUGGCUGCCAGGAGCUGGGUAUUCCAGCCCUCAACAAGCUCAGUCAAUGAGUCGCCAGGGGGAGCAAGGUCCCGCAAGGCUUGACGGAAUCUAUCAGGGUCCAUCAGCCUCUGCGGGCGAGCCCAAAUCGGCUCGCCACCUAAGCAGGGUGGGGGUGGAAAGUCAAUAUGCUUUGAUAAUUUCCAUGUUAAAUUACCAUCAUCACAGUACCUUGCUCUUCAUGAAAACUGAGUCAGUAUUUGAAAUUGAGUACACCAAGUAUUUUAUAGCAUAACUUUCUUGCAAGCGUAUGCGACAAGAGGAGUAGAUCAGUUCUAAGAUAACCAGGGUUCCUCAUCACAUCCAAACAUAGCGAGCCCCAGUUUGAUCCUGGCUUGUAUGAAUUUAAGAUGCAACGGGGGAAUUCUGGUUAGUUUAAAUUAAAACCAGAAGCUUUCAGUCUCCUCCUCCUGCAGCACAGCAGAAGACGACGGGGAAGAGUACUGAGCCUCCCCAUAAUGCCCUAAACUAUUGUGUCAUGUUACUAUCCAAAGUGUCCCAUUGUGUGCAGCACUGCUAGUUUCAAACCCCAGUUUAAAUCAUAGAGCGUAUGAACUCAUUAGAGCAAUAACCAUAAUUUUCUGCUGCAUAACAACAACAACAAAUCUUAAUGGAACCCCAAAAUAUUCAAAAACAAAAGCUAUUUAAUCACCUUUGUUUUUUGAACUAACGAAACAUCAUUUUCCCCCCUUUUGAACAGAAAGUUUAUAGACAUGGGAUUUAUUGACGAAAAAAGGAUAGCCAUAUGGGGAUGGGUAUGUAUACUUUUUUUAAAAAGCUUGUUUAACCUUGUUCUGCUUACAGCUCCUUUUGUAAAUGCCUUGGUGAAGCACAUGGAGGUUUCUUAUGCAUGGGCCCCCCUUUGUUCAUCCUUCUCCAUGGGACAUCUAGACUGUUGCAUGUCUGUAAUAUAUUCUAGAUUUAAUCACCACCCCAGCUGUGUCAACACUCUCCUUCCUCUGGGCUUGAUUCUUUAUGAGAUUCUGAGAUAAUGCUGAACCAUAGUUUAGCAUUAUGAGAAUGAGCAUAGAUGAGGUUUGUGAUCACAUGCUUUCCCUUCCUCCUCUGGUGUGGCUGACAGCUUUGAAAGCUUUUUGCUUCCAUUUUAGACAUCAUGAUGGCCAAACCUGGGCAAACUGUAAUCUAAAUGUGCUUCAUGCAUCUAAACCAGGGGUCAGCAACCCGCGGCUCCGGAGCUGCAUGUGGCUCUUUUACACCUUUGCGGGGCGGAUACUAGCGAGGGGAGGAGGCGCAUUGUGUGCCCCGAUACUCCCCACUGUUUUAAAUGUCGCAAUGGUUUUGUGGCUCCCAGUUGUUUUUUCUUCGGUCCAAGUGGCUCUUUUUGUCUUAAAGGUUGCAGACCCCUGAAAACAUAUCAUCUCUUUUUGUCAAGGACUUCUGCUUGAGCAAUGGAACUUCAUCUCUCUCUCCCUCUCCCCCUGCACAUCUGUUCCAGAGGGUUGGAGGGGAAACCCAAAACAGAAUGGGUCCGAGUGGUUUUCUGUUUCCCUGCCACUUUCCCUGGGAAAACCUACUCUUUAGCUCUGAAUCGGAACAAACGUCAAUCUGCAGAGAACCCGAUUGUCACUUGCUCUGAUUCAGCAGUGAAGAUUGGGUUUUCCCGGGGGAAAGUGGUGGAACAAGCACAAGUCUGGAUGAGCCUAUUAUGAUUUAAUGGCAGUUUGUUAAACCUAGGAUGAACAAUUCCCCAUCACGAUCCAGUACAGAGCCUGAAGACUUAAGUCAGUUGCUGGCCAACAAUUAAUUUCAAGUCUCUGAUGAUUUCCAUUUUGUUAACGUUACUUAGUCUCUGAUUAUCUCCCAAGAAGUGUUACGGUCUCACUCUCUUCAGCUGUGCUCUUUCGCCAGGAAAAAUUAUCUUAGGUCUGUCACUGCUUGUUUUUCCUGUUUUUCUUCCUUGGCCUGGAUUCCCAUAAGAGCAGCUUGCCCAGAAGCACAAUACAGGACAGAGUAAACUUGUUGGUAUUGGAUAUGUUGGAGGUCAAACUAUUUUAUUUUAUUGUUUUGAUGCCGAGUGCUUAUAUUAACAAACUUUGAUUUAUUUUAUUUAUUGGGCUGAUGGCCAACGUUGACAUAGCUAUAGGCGUCCUCUUCUAGCAGGGUGUGAUUGAAUGAUGCUAUGGAUAAGGUAUUCUGAAGUUGGGCUUAGUAUCUGGGAAAUAGUGGGUGGGAAACAGUGGUGGGUGUACAUGCUGUGUUUGCUAAGCUCACCCAGUCCCGAGAAAACCCAAGGGAAAGUAGCAUAAAUAACAUAGGAAGAACAUGUUUCUUUCCCCCGGGAAAGUUCAUAAAAUACAGUGGUACCUUCGGUUACAUACGCUUCAGGUUACAGACGCUUCAGGUUACAGACUCCGCUAACCCAGAAAUAGUACCUCAGGUUAAGAACUUUGCUUCAGGAUGAGAACAGAAAUUGUGCUCCGGUGGUGCAGUGGCAGUGGGAGGCCCCAUUAGCUAAAAUGGUCUUCAGGUUAAGAACAGACCUCCGGAACGAAUUAAGUUCUUAACCCGAGGUACCACUGUAAUUUGUCUUUUAUGACUGACAUUGCCAUUUGUGUGUCAAAGCUUCUCUCUCUGCCCAUCUCCCCUCCAUUUUGCUCUCGUUUCUUGGCAUUUUAGUUUUUUGGCCCAUGGGAAGGAAUUGUCUUUUAAGUUUUAAUUCUUUAGAGCACGUUGAUUAUCUUUGGGCACUUCAAAAACCGUGGAACAUCCUCUAAGGCAAGUUCUGCUCAGUGGAUAUUCCCAUCAGCUGGUGGCGCUGUGGUCUAAACCACUGAGCCUCUUGGGCUCACCAAUCAGAAGGUCAGAGGUUCAAAUCCCCAUGACGGGGUGAGCUCCCGUUGCUCUGUCCCAGUUCCUGCCAACCUAGCAAUUCAAAAGCACACCAGUGCAAGUAGAUAAAUAGGUACCACUGUGACAUGAAGGUAAGCAGCAUUUCUGUGCGCUCUGGCUCACAGUGGCCACAUGACCCGGAAAGCUGUCUGUGAACAAACACCGGCUCCCUCAGCCUGAAAGUGAGAUGAGCGCUGCAACACCAUAGUCGCCUUUGACGGGGCUUAACCGUCCAGGGGUCCAUUACCUUUUUUACCUUUUACCCAUCAGCUGAAGGAUGGAAGGGAGAAGUGAUGCUUACAGAUUUCCCCCUUCAGUCCCUUGUGCCCUGCAAAAAUAAUAAUAAUAAUAAUUCUUACUGGUCCCCUUCUUGCUCUUUCCAGAUGCUAAGCCCUCUGUCUCUCUGAGUCAAUUGGUCCAGCUGUGAACUCAUCCUCACCCACUAGUCCCCAGUUAUUUGGAUAUUUUGCCAGGAGGCAGCAGACGUGGGUGACAGCCACCAUUCCACCCUAGAUGGCAGGCAGCUAAGCAUUUCAGCAUUGUGGGUGUGAUCAGAAGCAAGGGAUUAUGUAACUGUGUGGGAUGAUCAGAGCCUGCUUCAUGAUGUUCUUGAAUACAGGGCACGAAGGCACUGUACUCUGAUGCUCCAAGUCUUUAUUUAGCUGCUACACACCAGAGUUCUGUCAGUAGCUCUGUGAUUUAUUUCCUUUGAGAAGGCACUUGAUGAAGAUCCAUGCGGAAUGUCAGUGGGCUGCUCCCUUGUAGCUCCCGCUUGUCCAUCCCAUUCCUGUGCAUGUUUACUCAGGAGUAAGUUCAGUAGGGCUUGGUUCCAAGUGACUGUGCAUAGGAUUGCAAUGUGAAUGUUUACUUAGAAGUUAGUAGGUCCCACUGUGCACCAUGAAUCUUACUCCAAAUAAUGUUUAUUUUUAGUUACCACAUUUGUAUGGCCACCCGGUUUUACCUCUUCACAGUGACUGGAAGAGGUAUCUAGCCAGUCUAUGUGAGUGUAGUUGAAGUCACCCAUUACUACAACAUUUCCUCUCUUGGGUGCUUCCUUGAUUCCAUUCUGCAUCUCAAGGUCUUCCUGAGCAUUUUGAUCAGGGGGACAAUUUCACAUCCCCAGUACUAAAUUACUCUUGAGGCCCGGCAGGGCUUUUUUCCAGCCAGAACCCACCAGAAUUGAGUUCUAGCACCUCUCAGGUGGGCACCAUUGCCAUUAUAAGAGAACAAGGGAGUUCUCUUAUGGUGAGUUACAGCACCACUUUGUCUAGAGAAAUAGCACUGGGGCCCAGUAUCACCACCCAGCCUAUGCAGAGGGUUGGAGACCAUUCCAGAAAUGUGAAAUGCGACACAUCAGGAACAAGGAGGGAAGGACAAUUAACAUCAGGAUUGACUGCCCCGGUAGACCAUGCCCCCUGAGGUGGUCGCCUCACCAGGCUUCCUAGGUUGGCCAUGCCUGAAUAAAGAUCUAAUAAUAAUAAAUAAUAAUAAUUUUAUUAUUUAUAGCCCACCCAUCUGGCUGGGCUGCCCCAGCCACUCUGGGCCGCUUCCAGCACAUAUAAAAGCACGAUAAAACAUAAAACAUUAAAAACUUCCCGAUACAGGGCUGCCUUCAGAUGUCUUCUAAAAGUUGUAUAGUUAUUUAUCCACAAGGAGGGUGCCACUACCGAGAAGGCCCUCUGCCUGGUUCCCUGUAGCUUCACUUCUUGCAGUGAGGGAACUGCCAGAAGACCUUCGGAGGUGGAUCUCAGUGUCAGGGCUGAUUGAUAGGGGUGGAGAUGCUCUUCAAGUAUACAGGGUCGAGGCCACUUAGGGCUUUAAAGGUCAGCACUAACACUUUGAAUUGUGCUUGGAAUUGUAUCUAUGUUGUGAUCUUCUGCCUCUGGAGAUCCUGCCACGUGAGGAGGCCACCUCAUCUGGCUUCAUCAUGGGCUUGCCCUGGUACAUAGAUACAGCAGAAAGUUACUUUAUUGAAUUACUCUAGUGGUGUCCCAUCCAAAGAAAACUAAAUGCUCUAGAGCUGCUGUGGGGAUGGCACCACUUGAGGAAAUGAGGAUUGCUUAACGCCACCUGCCUUGCAGACUCUUUUCCUUACUGCUGCUUUCCCUCCCACUGCUCUUGAGAUUAGCAGCAUAGCAGAACAUCUGGUCACAAAGGACUACACCCCUAGGAAUCAAACUCACAAGGAAAGCUACUGCAUAAAUGGAAAGAAACUGCACAAGCCAUUUGCUUGCCCCUGUGCCUGGUGGAGAAUUACUCAGACUUAUGCUGGAGAAUCCUUGGCUUAUGUUGCUGCCUCAGCUGCCAAAGCAAAUAUUCCCUUUGGCUUUUGUGCUUUACCACUUGGAUUCUUAGAGAGCUAAUACUUCAUUUCAAGGUUACUAACUUCCAUCCCGUUUCUUCCUAGUCUUACGGUGGCUACGUUGCCUCGCUGGCACUUGGGUCUGGCACUGGAGUGUUUCAGUGUGGGAUGGCAGUGGCUCCUGUCUCCAGCUGGGAGUAUUAUGGUAUGGAAACAACUUGUCAACAUCACACCUUGAAAGCAGGGCAUAGACAAUGAAUUGUUUUAGCAAUGAUGUCACUGUGAGGUGCUCUGCCGCUUGCGAAAUUUACAAGAACCGCUGGCCUCAGCUAGGAACAAAUUCUUCAAAAUACACACGCACACCAAGCAUGGUUCUCUUUGGCUAAGGUUGCCUUUUGGGGUGUUACACACACACACACACACACACACCAAUCCCCAAGGCCGGUUUGCACAGUUCCUGGUUAUUACAGCAGUGAAUAUUGGGGAAAUAUGAGAAACUGAGCUGGCAGUCAAGGAAUGUGUUUCAUUUGGAAUAAUAUUGUUACAAAAAUUGUGUGCCACCCUCACCCUGCUGAGUGAUAGCAAGGGUCCAUGUUUUCCUAAGACUGCAACCCAAACCCCACUUACCUGCGGGGAAGUAAGCCCCACCAAAUUCAACAAGGCUAGCUUCUUCUGAGUAGACAUGGUUAGGAUUGCACUCUAAAAGGAUGGAAAGUAGGGGAAAGUGGGUGCAAGGAGGCUCUUUCAAAGUACAGCAGAGACCAUCCUUCACUCACAGCCAAGUGUGUAAUUCUUGGGACCAGAUUCAAAGGUUUCCCCCCUCUCCAGCAGCAUCUUAGAUGUGCAGUGAUCCACACAUAGGAACCCAUUUCCACGUAUAGCAAGACUGAAUUUAUAAAUAAAAGUUUCUUUGGCAUAAAGAAACCAACUUGCAAUUUAUGCAUUUUGCGGAGGAUUGUAUUAAAAUCACUCACCAUAGCCUUCCUGAGUUCUGAAUACGAGACAAGGUUGAAGAAGCAGUUAGCUUAAUAAAUUUUCCUUCCCUUUGCAAAAAAAUAUUUGCACAGACUGGAUUACGUGGUUGUCUGUGGCCCUUUUACAAGGAAAAAAAAGAGUUUGUUUUGGUGGAUGCUCAUAGCCUUAAGAUACCGCCAGCCUAACAUUUAUGACUACGUCUCCACCAGUCCCCUCCCACGACUGGCCCCGACUACUGCUGAUUCUUUCCCCAUAUUGCAAGGCAGCUAUUCCCAGAAGUAAAGCAAAAACACUCCCUCUGCAAAUUCCUUAGGGCCUGGUGCCGCCAAAGUUAAGCACUGUUAAGUUCUUUUGAUGCUAAAGGCAGAGAUAAGCACAUGUGCUCAAUUCCUUUCCUAGUGAGAUCAGUGGGAUUUUCAGAAUGUAAACUUCGGCUGAAUCAUGCUUUUAAUGUGGACCAGGACUGCACAACAUGCAACUAUGCUGGGAGUCAUGUAUUGUGCUUUGCCCUGCAUUUUUGCAGCCUUAGACAGCUCAUUAUUGAGUCCUCAGAAGGCUACUGUACAUGAAUUGCGGGCCAUUUUAUACACUAAUAACAAAACUGUGGAAACUUUUAGGAAAAGUUGUACUGUAUUUCUAAGAUUUGAUGGCUCUUAACAGUGUUUUUAAGACUAAAAUUAUAUAUCAUUAGAAAUAUACAGUCAUACCUCAUGUUACGUUUGCUUCAGGUUGAGCGUUUUCAGGUUGCGUCCCAUGGUGACCCGGAAGUACCAGAAAGGGUUACUUCUGGGUUUCGCCACUCGCGCAUGCGCAGAGAUGCAAAAUGACAUCACAUGCAUGCGCAGAAGCAGCGAAUCGCAACCCUAGCAGACACGGGUUGUGUUCUGCUCAUGUUGCAAACUGAAUGGAUCCGGUUUGCAACUAGAGGUACCACUGUACUUUCAUGCAGAAUAUAAUGCAAAAAACUAUGUUGAAUUAUUUUUAUUCUGAAGACAGGAUAUCCAUAUUUGGUAGUGAUGGAAUAAGGUGCAUAAGAAGAAGAACUGGAGAAGGUUUGCUGCCUAAAUGCAAUGCAGCUGCCAUCUAGUCUGAGACUGAUUGACAGCAAAAGGCAUGGGGAGAAUUUGUGUGAUUAAUGGUACUCUAAAUGGCGAGAUGUUAUGAAAUACCCUUUAUCUUUUAUUUUUGGGGUGUAUGCCUUCUUUUAUUUUGCUAUAACCUUUGAUAGUAUAAAGGUGAUUCAACAAACUUUGUUGCAUUAUAUUCUGCACUGGAUUGUCUUUCUAAUGAUAUAUGACUUUAUGGUAUUAUUCCCAAAAAGACUGAUGUUAUGAGCCACCAAAGCUCAGAAAUACAGAUUUUCCAAAAACUUUCUAUGUUUUCGCCACUAAUGUAUGUCUGGUGACUUGUGUCCAGUGGUUCACGAGUUACAGCAGGGCAAACGUCAGGUUUUAACAUUCUUUGUGGGAAAUUAAGAGCAAUAUCUUUGAACAUCUGAAUGCAAGGAGUAAACCUUGCUGACAUUUGCUAUUCAAGAAGAACAUCAGAUGAGCCUGCUGGAACUUGCCAAUGGCCCAUCUAGUCCAGAAACCUGUUCUAACAGUGGCUGACCAGAGGCCUAUGGGAAGUCUGCAAGCUGGACAACACUCUUCCUUUCUGUGGUUUCCAGCAGCUGGUAUUCAGAGGCGCACAGCUUCCAUCCAUGGAGGCAGACCAUCCUCUCUCUCUUGUGGCUACUAGCCAUUGACAUUCUUGCCUAUGGACUUUCGUGUGUGAAUCCUGUCAUCAACAUGCUAUUGUAUCUUGCAGCAUCCAUCUACACGGAGAGAUUUAUGGGCCUCCCAACCAAAGAAGACAAUCUGGAGCACUACAGAGUAAGAAUAACGAAACAUUUCCCUCUCUUUCUUCUUCUCCUUUUACCAGUUAACCUCAACUUCCUUCCCUGCCUUUCUUUCCUUGGCUUAGUGGUAUGUGUGCCACUUCUACCAUCCACUGCUUCCAUGAUACUUGAGUGUAGAUUCGGAGAAGUUGGUAGCAAAAUCGUUUGAUGAGAAUGGUUUGUUACCUUGUGCACUGUUGUCUACUCAAGGUCAGAGUCUGGACCUACUAAUUAGAAGUAGGCCUCUUAGCUUCUUAAUUCCCCCUCCCUCUCUCUCUUCACUGGACUCAGCUACAUUAGUAAAGGAAAAGCAUUUUAAAUGUGUUAUAACAUUGUGACACCAGGUGCCACUGUAGAGUUCCAUCUUUCACUAAUGUGAUUUCCCCUUAUGAGGUUGACAACACGUUUUCCUGAAAUGUUUUUUUUUUUAUGUGUGUAGAUCCAGCCACUUUCUUUAAACUCCUUUUCUAUUCUUUUUUUUUAAUCUUCAAAUUGCAACACACCAAAAUGCAAUCUCUGGGAAAUUAAAAAGGCAAAAGAGAAAAGAGAAAAAAACAGCAUGCCACCAUCAUAAAAGGGUUUUAUGUUUCGCAACCACUGAGUUGUUCAUUUCUGUCUCUCCCCGCCCUCCACUUUGCAGAAUUCGACAGUGAUGGCAAAAGCAGAGAACUUCCGUGAUGUGGAGUACCUUCUCAUCCAUGGAACAGCAGAUGGUGAGGUUUAUGAAAAGCUAGUACAGAUACCGAGAAAUCACUUCGGUUAGGAAACGCUAAGCUUUCUUCUGUGUCCAUGAUUAGGGUCAGUACUCGCAACACAUUUUAUGUUUUUCUUUCCAGAACAUCAAACAAAGCUGACUCAUUGUUGAUCAUGAUUCUAUGUCUGCUGUAGAGUUUAAUAACUCAUGGCAUGUCUAAUGCAGCACAAUUGUGUGCUUUCUGGUAUUUUACCAGGUGUGUUUGGGUUUUUUUUUUAACCAGUCAUUUUCAUUUUGUCCCCCCCCCCCCUUUCUCGUUUCAGAUAAUGUACAUUUUCAGAACUCAGCACAGAUCUCCAAAGCCUUAGUCAAUGCACAAGUGGAUUUCCAGGCAAUGGUAGAUAUUAUCAAACAAUUUAAUUAUAAUGUUUCACUGUUUAAUUCCAAGAUUAGGUUUAUCAGAGACUGGAUGUAGUUCAGCAUGAGAGCACAUGGUUUGCAGGAACUUCCAAGCUGAGUUUCCAGUUAAAGGAUCUCGGGUAUUUAUUUUUUUAAAAAAUGUAUUGAAAACAUUAAAUGGGCAGAACUCUGAAAUCCCUCUAAUUGUUUUUCACGUUAAAAUGUUGUUAAAAAAACCCAAAACAACCAAAGAGAGAGAGUGAAUGAACUGCUUCUCCCGAAGCACCACAAAAUACCUGAAAGUCACCUUUCCCUGAUCUCUGAUAGAUAUGAAUGGUUCUGCUCACUCUGUACAUGCUCAGAGGUGCACUAUUCAAUAUUACUUUUGUGCUCCAAGAAUAAAGAUGUGUAACUGAAAACAGGUUAUAUAGGUAAUGCUUAGUUAGCUGUAAAAGCUGGGAGACAGUUGGAUCCCUGAUGGAUCUUUGGAACUGCAGCCCUGACCAUUUCCUUACAUGCAAGUUUAAGCAGAUGGGAAGAGGAAAAUCACAGAUAUUUUUGUAUCCCCUGGGGAGGAGGGCCAGGUUUACUUCUUUGGUUCCUGAAACAGCAGACGUUCCCUGUGCCUCAUCACAGGUUGAGACUGCCUUUGAAACUCUUUUCAAAAGUGUGGUUUGCUGUGUAGCAUUUGGGGGCAGCAGGGAGGGGAGGGUUGCUGUUCACAGAACUAGUUUCCACUGGUACAGUGGUACCUCAGGUUAAGAACUUAAUUCGUUUCGGAGGUCUGUUCUUAACCUGAAACUGUUCUUAACCUGAAGCACCACUUUAGCUGAUGGGGCCUCCUUCUGCCGCCGCAGCACGAUUUCUGUUCUCAUCCUGAAGCAAAGUUCUUAACCCGAGGUACUAUUUCUGGGUUAGCGGAGUUCUGUAACCUGAAGCGUAUGUAACCUGAAGCGUAUGUAACCUGAGGUACCACUGUACUUUAGAUUCUAGUACUGUAAUUAACUAUGGGGUUAAAAUACGUGUUUCUCUUCCUCUUCAGUGGUAUGCUGACCAGGACCAUGGGAUUCCAGGCCUUUCUCUUAAGCACCUCUACACCCACAUGACCCAUUUCCUCAAGCAGUGCUUUUCCCUGGCUUAAGGAAAGUCCCUCCUCUCCAUGGGCCUGCACAGCAAGGAGAACGACGCGUGCUUUGCUAGAAAGCAACACGAGCUGCACAGAUUAAGCAUAUUCUGGAAGCGGGAUAAGAAAGCGAGAAUUAAAGAAGGCUUGGCAUGGACAGUCUCUUGUGGACACAUGAGCAUUAGCAAAUAAUAUUACAGUUUGCGUCCAGGUACAUAUAUUUGUUAGGAAACAAAUGAACAAUAAAAUAAAAAUAAAAACAAGUGUUUUGAAGGCUA